GGUCAAAUUGGCGAACCUGGUAAUAAUGGUGUUGACGGACCUGGUGGACCUAAGGGUAAACAAGGUCCAAUAGGAAAUCCUGGUCAACCAGGUGCAAAUGGUAGUCCGGGUGAUGGCGGUGAAGCUGGAAGGAAGGGUGCCGUUGGAAUCCGUGGAGCACAAGGUCCACCAGGUUCUGCUGGACCCAAGGGAGACAAGGUACUCUAUGUACAUAUUUUACCGGAUAUAACUUACCGAAUGCUUCAUUUUUCAACAAACACCAGAAAAUGAAUGUUUAGAAGGGCAGUAGUACGUGUACUCUAAGAAUAUUUUCAUGAGGUCAAAAGAUGCAACUAUUUCAUUCGAACUGAAUAGUAUCCGAAUUGAAUACUCUAAGAAUAUUUUCAUGUGGUCAAAGAUGCAACUAUUUUAUUCGAACUGAAUAGUAUCCGAAUUGAAUAGUAUACAAAUAAUGAAUGUUAAUUGAGUGCAAUGGUAAGAAUAUUUUCAUCAGGUGAAAGAUGGAAUGUUCCAUUCAACGAGGCGACAGCCGAGUUGAAUGGAACAUUCCAUCUUUCACCGAAUGAAAAUAUUCUUACCAUUGCACGAAUAAAAACAUUCAUUAUUUGUUUUAUAUAAUACCAAAAUAGACUAAUAUUAAAAGGUUUAUACUGUAAGCUGCCGCCAUUUUGACGAGUCGUAAUUGCAUUAAAUCCCAUUUACUGAGUUUCGAAUAUCGGGUUAAAAUAAACUGCGAUCACCGUACAAGAAGCAUUUUGACGGAUGCGAUUUAUCGAAAACACAAAGAGUGCAAUGGAAUACAACGUAUAGUAUAAUUGCACUCGCAAAGAGUGCAAUGGAACGUAUUCCAUCGCACUCUUCGGAAAUGGAAUUUUCUAUUCAAUAUCACAUGACCAUAAACAGCCAAUUAAACGAUCAGAAUUCAAUAAGGUAGAAACGUUCUAUCUUUCGGCAAAUGAAAAAACAUUAUUACGAUUAAAAGAUUCAUGAUUUGUUUUACAUGAAAUAAUCAUUGUCACAUUUACUUGAAUACUGUACUCAAAACAGUCUAAAAGCCCAUUUUCGAUGGGAAAUUUUCGAUUUCAAAAUUUUUUUUGACGGAAAAUUUGUGUCGGCCAAUCACAUUUUACACAAUUUUCUUUCUGAGAAAUAUUUUCCUGGGUGGAAAUGGGCCUUCACAGGCAUGCAGCAAGACUGUAAUAAUGGCAUCUGCAGAAUCAUGCAAUGGAACAAAAACGUGCAAUACAAAAAAAGCCCACGUACGGGGGACUGCACGUUGGAACGUUCAAAUGCCUGGUCAGUUCAAUGGAAACUUCUAUUGAAUAUCAGCUAAAUAAAUGACCACAAUUUGACAAUGUAUUAUGGUAAUACAAACUAUACGUACUGAAGAAAAGCGUCUAAUAUAAGACGGCACAUGGAUUGUGUAUUCAAUAUUAUUAUUUGUUCACGGAUUUCAAAUUUAUGCUGAUUUGAAUGUAACUAUAAAUGCAGUUUACAUUAUACAAUGAGUAUAUAAUACUCUUUUUGUUUGUUACAAAUUCUACCAAAUUUGCCAAAAGGAAAUGUCAAGCUUAGCAUUCCUGUUAUCGUGUCCAUUGCGAUUUGAAAACUACGACAUCGCUAUAUCUAUGUAAGGAUAAUAUUUCUCGCCAGUACCUUGUUGGGAUGAAGACAGGUAGCCAUGUUACUAAUUGGUGCUGUUUUUGGAAAUUUUAGGGGCCAGCCGGUAAACGAGGAGAGCGAGGUUUCAAGGGACCUACCGGCAGUCAAGUAAGUGUUUUAUAGCAUGCUACUGUAUAAUUACGGUCUCUUCAAGAAGCGUGUUUGAGGAUUUAUAGUGCAGUUGAACAGAAAUCGCCUAUUUCUAAAAAAAACUAAUGAUGUAAAAUUGUAUAGAACUUGGUCAUUACCGUGGCCAUGGAUAAUAAAAUAAAUGGAUAGGAAACUAGCUGACGUGACCUAAUGUUUUUACUGGGAUUGAUGGCGUGGCUGGGUGCCUCAACCUAGUUGAAAACCAAAUUCUCAAAAACGGCAUGUUUAGCAAUAAUACAGCUAAACAUUUUAGUCAAAGAGCAAAUAAAUGCAACCACGCCAUUCUACGAUGAAAACUCUAAGUAUUCCCAGUCAAUUUUAGCAAAUAUUUCAAGCACUAAACAGUGAAAAAUACAUCGCAAAUUUCGCAAAAAUUUGUGACGCCAAUUUCGUAGCUACAAAUGUAAAAAAAUACAAAACAAAGACGAAAAACAUUUACCUUGAAUACUUUGUCGUGGCUUAGGCAUGUUUUUAAACAAUUAGACCAGUUUACGCUUCAAGAUCACCCUUUUAAAGUGGAAAAUAUAGCAAAACAACAAAAAUGCCGAGAACUUUGGUAACAUUCGCAAUACGCGUGACGUCACGUUUUUCAACAAGGAUGCAGUCAAUGACGUCAGAAGUUUCCAAUCCAUUUAUUUUAUUAUCCAUGCCGUGGCUUAGCGUCAUUUUUAUACCUUUUUAUGGUGGUUUUUUUAUGUAAUAUUUGUUCUUUUUGCUUUUAAAUAAAGGGUUCGGCUGGUAAGCCUGGUGAUCCUGGUAAUGAGGGGCGAAAGGUAUGUUGGUUGAUACAAUUGCAUGUUUAUUGUUAGCUACUGUACUUGGGACGUACAGUAAAAAUAAUUUAGAACAGAUGGAAACUCUUUUGUAGAACUAGCGAGUAAACAAGAGAUAGGAACAUUCCAAGACCAAGCAGCACAGGUUUUCAAUAAAUUACCUGUUGAACUUAGAAAUUACAGUAAUUAUGCACACUUUUCGAGCAAAGCUAAAAUUUACUUAGCAGAGAGGAACUCCUAAAUUAAUUAAUGAUGGAUUGUAUUGUAAUUAGGAUAUAUCUUUUAGCAUGUACUGUACAUAGUUUGUAUAUCCAUACUUUUAUGGUUCGUAGUAUUAUUCCAUUCUAAACACUUAUACUCAUAUUCCAAUUGUAAUUAUAUUUAUAUGUAACAAAUAUAAAACAUUUUCCGUGUUGAUAUACAGUUAUAUCAACACGAGUGGAAUUGGGAAAACGAGAAAUUAUAUGGAAACACAACGCCCGAAGGGCGGAGUGUUUUCAUACAAUUUCGAGUUUUCCCAACUUCCACUAAAAUCUAUCAUUUUUAGUUGCUGUUUAAUUAUGCAUGUUUACUAUGUUAUUGUUUAGUCGGUUUAAAUGUUAGAAUUUUCUUCUUUAAACUUUAAUGUUGUCGUCACUACAUCUGGAAAACCACGUAAGAACAAAUUAAAAGUAUUUUAAAAGAGACCAGGCUGUUUGAAAUCCUGAACGAAUGCUAAAAAUCGUGCCAGAGUGUCGUCGAAUUGCGAUGUAAUGUAAACAGAAAUUAUAGCAAGUUGAUGUCAGUCAGCUUAGAUGGUCCAAGCCAAAAUUAUAUCGCAUUUGAAGUUUCAAACUGAGUUAAAAAUAGUGGAAGAAAAGCCGUAAUUAUACUUAUUGUUACAACCAUUUAAUAAAAUGCAACAUUUUUUGUUUUAAUGAAAAAAUCAGUUAUUUUCAUGAGAACGAUUUGUUAUUCCAUCUCAAUUUUUUAAUCUCCAAUCGCAAUAACGUAAAGUAUUAUUACCCGCGAACCAAUGAGUCAAAUUUAAGAAACAACCCACUGUUAGAAAGCUGAAUGGCUACGCUUUAAAAUGAAUGUAAACUUUAACGUUUUCGUCUAUUAUUUGUUUAGCAAUUUACAUUUCAGUCGAGGAUUGCGCUUUUUUUUAUACACUCUGUAUAUCAAUACGGAAAAAAUGUUUUAUACUUUUUUUAUAAUAUAGCAAUGUCAAAAGCCCGAAGGAUAAGAAAAGUUUCCGUGUUUACAAGCGGCGGAAAAUUUCCCGUGUUGACAUUGAGUUAUAUCAACACGGCUCUUAGCCAAUCAGCGUUCAGAAUUUACAAAUGCUAUAUUAUAAUUUAUAUUUAUACAUUCGUAAACACUAGACGAGAGCCACCCUGUGGAACAGUGGAUGAACUACUAAUAAAGCCGUUCUUAUUUUUAUAUUAUUAUUAUUAUCAUUAUCAUUAUAAAGUUAGUACAGUGAAGUAGAGUACAACAAUACAGUGCAUUGAGGUUCAGUCGAGCACAGUAAAGUCGAGUACAUUACAAUACAGUCGAGUAGCGAACAGUACAGUACCAUACAGUACAGUACCAUACAGUACAGUACAGUUCAGUGCAGUGCAGUGUACUGUAGUGGAUGAAAAAACACUGGAUAUGGAACUCGUGAUCGCUUAGGAUGUUUUCAACGUUCUGAUGGCGUAUCAACCUUGUUGGAAAUUAUGACAUCACCAAAUCCAAAAUAAUUGCAUGUUUAACAGUACUACAACUGAACAACUUCAAGCAUAUGAGACUGUGAAAUUUUCGUUAAAUCAUCGAUAGUUUUUGUGACGCCAGUGACUGUACAAAAGUAAAAAAAAAACACAAAGAUGAAAAAUAUAUACAUCGAAUACUUUGUCGCGGAAAAAGUAGGUUCGUAAGACAAAAAAGAUACAUUUUAAGUUUCAAUAUACAUCUGGAAAGAAAGUGUGGAGAAAUUAAAGAAGAUGCUGGAAAAUUUUAGCACAUUCGCAAUUAUUCGUGACGUCACGAAUCCCAGACAGGUUGCGUCGCUGGAGCCAGCUAGGUUUCUAUUUAGUUCUUAACUAUAUCCAUGUAAAAGUGCAGUGCAAAGUGGUACCGUACUGUUUCAUUAUAUUUUAUUUUGCACUGUAUGUCUUCUAUGUCGGCUCGUUUCAAAGUGAAACAUAUGCCUGUGUGUUAAUAAUAUAUAUUGUCAUUUUUAGGGUAAAGAUGGGGAUCCCGGUCCAGCUGGUCUUCCAGGGCAGAAGGGGGCAGCUGUAAGUAAUUCAGUGUUUUACACACUUUUUCAUGCUCUUGAGGUAAAGCACAGCUGGAAAUUGAGACAGUUAAACAAGCUGAUUUUUUUGUAGUUGUAUGGAAUUUACUUAGGUGUCUCUUCUUUGGGCUUGAUAUGGACAGGAAACGUAGGCCAGACAUGUCCAAAAUACAAUUGUUGUUUACCUUUUUUGCAGCAAAAUAAUGGGCUAACAAGGCAAAAUUUAACUCACAUAAAUAGCUCACUUUCCAACGCUGUGUAUUCAAACGCAGAUAAGCUCGUAAUUAUAAUCUUUAACAUGAACUGAAUUUCAAUGUUUGGACGACCCGAUAACAGGCCCAAAUGCGGUUGUAAAUUUCCCUGCAUUUAAGUCAUCGAAAGCAUGAGUUAUUAUCCUCAAUACUUUGUGUUAAAGUUCAACUAUAUUUAGGGCAAACAAUAAUUCAUAUGAUACACUAGUUACUACUACUUCGUCGUUUCGGUGCAAAAAAGUCCUCAAAAAAUUCGUAGUUGAUGAAAAAAAAAGAAACGGCGAAAAUACAACAGCAGGAAAAACUUCGCUACUUGUCACGCUCGUGCCAGUUCUUUUCCGCAUCACACAUCGAUCAGGGUGACAUCAGCGAGUUGCAUCGCCCUAAGUAUAAGCGCCAUGCCAAAAACAAACGUGACAAAAUGCACAGGGCGUGUGCCCACCUACGACCAGUCGUGUAUAUACAGUUUAGUUUUUGACUAUAACAUUACACUCUUUUCUUUCCCAGGGUAUUCCAGGUCCCGCCGGUAAAAAUGGUAGACAAGGUCGUGACGGAACAUCUGUAAGUUUUUGUUGGCGUUUCUUAAAUCUACGAGAACAAUUGUUUUGGUUAGGUAAUGACUAUUGGUUAGGUAUUAUUAUUAUUAUUAUUAUUAUUAUUAUUAUUAUUAUUAUUAUUAUAAACCGAUAUUUUUGUUUAGGGUAAACCUGGCGUGACUGGUGAGCGAGGUCCAUCUGGUCCUCCUGGACUUGGGGUAAUUAAGAUGAAGUAUUGUUUAAUUAAGGGGCUCAAACUGUGAUCUUUGUUGCGACCUGAUGCGACCAUAUUAGUUUGUUUUAACCUUUUAUAUUUUUAUUGUAGGGCGAGAAAGGUCCUGCUGGUUUCGCUGGUAUGGUUGGUGAUCCUGGUGAUAAGGUAUGGCUUAAUUAUUCACCUCAAGUUGUGUUGAGACUAGUUCCAUUAGCAUGGAAUCACCCAAGUAUGUUUGAAGUUUGAAGCUUGUUUCAGCAUAAUCUUAAAAACUUUCACGUAUAAUCAAAAUAAUUAACGUUAUUUUUCACUUUGGUAACUGCUAGUUGACCCAGUUGACCAUUACCUGCUGCACGGAAGUGAUUGGUGAAAUCUGCCCAUAUAUACUUGAAGAACACUCUGGUUAAAAUUUUACCUGCUUAACCCAGAAAUGACCUUUUUGCUGAUUUUUUAACCUUUGUCUUGCUGUGGACUGGUUAAAUUGACCAGGACUUCCUGGUUAAAUUAAGCAGAUUGUGCUAGAUGGACAAAUAACCAGGGGUUCCUGGGUUAAGAUGUCCUGGUUAAAUAAAAUAACCAGCAAAUUUAACCAGGAAUACACACCUGUGAGAUUGAAUGUUUUCCUCUUUUAUCUUCUGUAGGGUAUCACAGGUGAACUUGGUGUACGUGGAGGCCAAGGACGAACAGGUGAAACGGUAUGUAGUUCUUCUGUAGUAUUGACGAAGCAUAGUCAUACGUCUAUUUAACUGCCAGUCGGCUCGUUUGCCACACUCGUGAGGCAUAGGUCGAUAUGACUCAAAAUACUGUCAGAGUAAAAUGACUACAAUUUAUGUGAAAAUUUACUCAUUUUUUGACUGAAGUAAAUGUUUAUUGCUUCAUUUGACGUCUCGUUGGGGUCAAGGGUAAUAAAGGGUGGCUUUUACAGUAUAUUGUCUCUAUUGUGUGAUAUUGGCUUUUAUUAUAGUUGGAGAACCCAUAAUUAAUUUUUGUGAUUGAAACCCAUAAUUAAUUUUUGCCAUGUUACCAUUGGUUACCAUGUAACCUUAUUUGAACUCAAUUUCUCAUUUUGACAUUAGUUUGUCAGUCGCCAGUGCUUUCGGAUUUUGAAUAUGGCCGAAAUAUUCAGAGCUUCUGCUUAACAUUUUCUAUACACUUUUGCAAGGAUAGCACAUACUGUAUUUAAAUAAAAAUAAAUAGUCGAAAUAUUUCCCUUAAGUAAUGUUGUCUACGUUGGUACUGUAUAUACAGUCAUUGCAAGAUUAUUUGCUAUAAUCGGCCUUCAAAUAAUCGCCACUCAAAUAAUCGCCAUAACCGUGCUCAGCUCAUCUGCAUCUACCAUUUUCCAACAUAUUUGUACAGUACAUGGUGACCUUUCCUAAUAAAUACGACGAAUAUAAUUAAGAUUGUUUCUAUACAUUUUCCUUAAUCUUAUUUUAUUUAUCAUGGAGGCUAUUGGCUGAUUUUUACUCUCAUCUGCAUGUUGUACCUAUUUACGAAGUAUUCAUGUUUUAAUUGCGAUAUUAUUUAGGGAAGAGAUGGCAGAGAGGGAUCACGAGGCGAAACUGGUCCACAAGUAAGUAUAUAUCACUGAAUGAUUAUAUUUUAACACCAAACCCAGUAAUGUCAGGCUAAUAAUACAGCCAGUUGAUACUUUUAGUUAGUUAUUGGCAGGAAAGUGUAAAUUCAAACCAAACCUAACAGAAAAUAUCCCGUUGUUCCAGUUUUCAUUGCUCUUUUUUCAUUGCUCGCUCUAUGAAAGAACGUGAUGGCAAAAAUGGCUCACAGUUAUUGCUUCUUGAAAAGUUAUUGCUUCUCGACGUUUUCUUUCCCACGAUUUGCCCCCUUAUCCCCGUUCCUCGACCGCUCAAAACCGCCAGCUACGCAGGCUACCCAACCAUUUAAAUGUUGCAUUUGGGUCCACAAGAGACCAACCUUUUAUGCGAAUUUUAGUUUUUUACAUGAGCAAUAUUGAACAGGGGACAAGAGAGGUUUUUGGCCUAUGAGACGGUGUUAAUACCCAUCUACAAAAAAACGUUUGCAUCUACAUCGCGAGUGUAGAUGUGCCAAAUCGUGAUAUUUAGCCGAUACACCUUACUAUUGCAUCGCCUCAGCUAUAUAUACAUAAACAUAUGAGGCUUUGGUGGCGCAAUCGUCAGAGAAAGAACCUUCCACCUCUGAGAUCGUGAGUUCGAUUCUCGCUAUGGACUCGUGCGUGACAGUCAUGUGAAAAGAGUCGGUCAACGCCCUACCGAAAGUCGUGGGUUUUCUCCGGGUACUCCGGUUUCCUCCCACAGGGAAUGAUGACAGGGUAACCCAGUGGCGUAACUAGAGCGUUAAUUGGGGGUAUAAUCAUAUAUUCGUGUAAUGCCCAUUGAACUAUAAAUAAACUGGAAGGCUAACUCAGGGGGGGAAAUUGAAGUCAGUGCAUUUUAGUUUUUCUGAGUUAUGAGCAGAAAUACUCAACACUGAACGUUGGGCUAUAUAUCAAAUUGAAGCUAUUGAAAAACGCUAUUUGGUGUAGAAAUUUCAAGACUCUAGCUAAAGGGGAAAUAUUGAAAAACUACAAACAUAAUUACCGAUAAUUUGCCGUUUUGCAGUUGUUUUUGUAUUUUUUAAAUAUUUUUCUUUUCGCUGAAGUCUUGAAAUUUCCACAGCGAAUAGCAAUUUUCAAUAGCUUCAAUUUGAUAUAUAGCCCGACGUUUGGGAUCAAGUAUUUCUGCUCAUAACUCAGAAAAACUAUUUUGGCUUCAUCAAAUCAUAGGCCUUCAUCAUAGCAGUUAGCCUUCCAGUUUAUUUAUAGUUCAAUGGUAAUGCCCGACUAAUUUCUUUUGAAAUGAACUUAAAAAUAAACGUUCUAGUUACGCCUCUGCUUCCACCGUAGCUGUGCUCCGUGGUCAGACAUGAGUUCUAACGUGGCUGCCAUAAGCGCCCUUAGGAAGACGUCGACUCGAUCAGGUUGAGCUGCGUCCCUCCUAAUUCAGCUUAUGAUGUUUCGAGUUUAUUUAAUCUUGGCUGGUCUUACAUUAAAACGUGCAAGUGGAGAAGUCUUGUGAAACCUCAAAUAUCUGGUUAUUUUGUUCGCAGGGUUUACCUGGUUCUCCUGGUAAAGAUGGUUCCGAUGGUGCCGCUGGAGAUCCUGUAAGUUUCCUUUUUUAACUUCUACAGGGUGUAUGAAAAAGUAGACAAUUUUCAAACGGUCUCUCGUGUCUAAACUGAGAAUUGUAAAAGUUGAUGCGAAUAUGUGUAGUUAAUGAUACACCUGUAUGAUUUUUUUAAAUGUGUCACCUUGGAUAGCAAGAUAAAGGCCUCUGAACCGAAUAGAGAGUUUACGAUCUACGACGCGGCCGGCUCAACGACGCGGUCUAAAUUUCAGCUCAAGAAAUGAGCACUAAGCAAUUUGAUUACUAUGAUUUUUUCUGUGUUGGUGUUGUGUACUCAGGUGAAUAUAAUGUUUGUGAUGUUACUCUGAGUGUAUAUCCACACCGGGCGAGCUUGAAAAAUAUGCCCGGCCACUGUGGGAAUCGAACCUACGACCUUUGGAAUACUAUCCCAAUGCUCUGCCAACUGAGCUACGCGGUCAGGACGGUUCGAGUAAGUGGGCUAGUAUUCCAAAGGUCGUAGGUUCGAUUCCCACCGUGGCCGGGCAUAUUUUCCAAGCUCGCCUGGUGUGGAUAUACACACAGAGUUACACACAGAGUAACAUCACAAACAUUAUAUUCACCUGUGUACACAACACCAACACAGAAAAAAUCAUAUUACUGGAUUACAUACUUGGUAUCGAAGGAACUAGAGUCUGUUCCGAAAUAUCACUUACUCGAACCGUCCUGACCGCGUAGCUCAGUUGGCAGAGCAUUGGGCUAGUAUUCCAAAGGUCGUAGGUUCGAUUCCCACAGUGGCCGGGCAUAUUUUUCAAUUUGAUUACUGUAAUAAGUAUUUGACGCUUUUUCAAAUAACCUUACAAACUGCUACGUUCGGCUAAAGCGAUGCAAUGUUUGCUGUAAUUUCGACUUUGAGUAACACCUCUUGGGUCGCAUUAAGCUUUCACGUUGCUUGAAAGACGUGAUAAUGCUUAAGGCUGAUUUCCACUGUUGCGUUUUUCGUACGCACGUACACGCACGUAAAACUUUGAAUGCUUCUAUUUUUUAAAUAUUUUACAAAUAAGUUAACAAAUGCAUACUAAAACUUGCGGAACACUAAAUUCUAAAUUCUAAUUGUCGUGGAUGCGCGCGCGUUAAUUGGAUUCACUUCACUACGUUUGAAAUGACGUGGUUGAUGUGCCGUUUAAUUAUAUUUCAAAUGACGCGAGCCAACAGAUCACGACACUUUUGUAUAUAAAAAGGGCGUGUCAAUUAAACAAGUCACAUAUCAUUAUAGCACUGAUGAAGAUCCUGGCUUACGGAUCGAAAGCUUUGCAGUAAUAAAUUUACGUGGUGUUUCCACAAACAAAACUAUUAUAUGUUUUAUCGCCAUGCAAACAUACACAGAACUUACACUAAAUUACGUUGCUUUGUUUAUUCGGUUAUUUCAUAAGUAACAUUUAAACGGAUUUAAAGUUUUACGUACGUAUGAAAAACGCGACAGUGGAAAUCAGCCUUUAGUUUAACGUUCUGCUGAGCAUGACAACGCCGUUGAGAAUACACCUGGGACCACAAAUUAUUCUCAGUUUUUGUCUUGCAUGACAAAUUUCUUUGUUUUGAAAGCGCGUCGUCGAGCCGGCCGCGUCGUAGAUCGUAAACUCCCUAAUAUCUCGAUCACGAUAACGACGCUCUAUAGGGCGUAUUCUUUUACUGUUUUUCGCAUACGACCGAUAUUUGGGCACAUUCUUCUUGCCACGUAAAAUAUCAUGUUUUGCGAGAAAAAUGGCUUUAAAGCAUUCUGUUUGAAUGCAAUACGGGUACUAUACUUUACCAUUGAUUACAAUGAGCGAAUAGCAGUGAAAUUAUCAGAGUUCCUGGAAAGUCACGGAAUUUGAAUAUUUCAAAACGCGUGCCUGGAAAUUGUGGAAAAUUAGUUUUAUUCAUGAAAAUUGAAAUUUUACAGGAACAAAAUUUUGAUUAUUUACCAUUUAAUAAUCAUGACAAAAAAUAUUGAUAACAGCAAGUAUUUUUGCAUGAAAAAUGUGAAUGGAAUUUUCUUUAUAACCGCGCGUAAAGGUUUCACCGGUGUUUCUAUUGGAUAUUUGACCUUUACCAGUAUUUUGGACAUGAUUUUUUUUUAAAAUUGGCCAUGAAGAGUGAUGGAAAUUCAUGGAAUUUCACGUGGGAUAAGGUGUACGAAUCCACAAUCUUUUGUUAGGACUGACUAAAAAUAUUGUCGGAAUGUCGGCUAACAGUUUCGGCCUUAAAUUACCAAUUUUUUUAAUAUUGCUAUAUAGUUGUUAGUAUUGUAUGUAUCACUAACUCUGACGAAAAUGGUGCAUUUAGGGUGCCACGGGUCGAGAUGGACCUCCCGGUUCCUCUGGUGAGCGUGGUGAGCCUGGUGAGUCUGGUGACGCUGGUUAUACUGGUUUCGAAGGACACAGGGUGAGUAUUUUCAGUUCUUUGUCGUUUGUACUUUUUGCACAAAAUGUCUUCCGAAUAUGUUUGCACAAUGGUCAGUGCAUGCAUGUGCCUGUCGCUUCGGCAACCAAAUUCGUGCAUUGUGCAGUGAUAUGAAUAUAACCUCGCACCAAUGAAGUGAACUUUAUUUACCCAUGGUAGACUCAUCAGGCAGGGCUCGAAGAAGAGAAAGAAUAUGGCCUGCCAGUCUAAAUUUUUUUGGCAGGUGAAAUAAAGUUUAGCCUGCCAUUUUUAUUCAUUGAACUGCCAAAAUGGCGGAUGUCUCGUACGAGUCAUAUUGUAAAAAUCAAUGUUUUCACCAGGGACGCCGGAAUGAUAAAAAGGCAAGGGGGGCAAACGCAUACCAAGGGGCACCUCUAGACCCCGGUGAAGAUAUAAACCUACAAUUAUGUGUUGACUUGCCAAUAUAUGAAAGCAAACGCACUUAAUCAGGUCACAUUCAAGAUCACACCUCAUGAUUUUGCCCAAAAAGCAUCACUGGAAAUGUGAUUUAUCAGGUAGUAUUUUAUAACUCAAAGGGCACUUCUGCCCCCUUGCCCCUCCUAGCAAAAGGCAAGAGGGGCAGCUGCCCCUCCUGCCCCCCCCCCCAGUUCCGGCGUCGCUGGUUUUCACGAUAUGCAUUUUUAUUAUUUUUAAACUUGUCUAUUUUACUACAGUAAACUUGGAUUUACAUUUCAAAUAUAAACGUAUUUAGUCGACUAAAUGAUCUAGUAUAUAUAAGUUGUGCUAAGCAAUUGAAGUGAGAUAUAUCUAUAGAAUAUCAUCUGCCAUUUUUUUCAAAUUUGUUUUUGCCUGCCAUUUCUAAAAUAUGGCCUGCUUUUGGCCAUUGGUAGCCCGCUAUUUCGAGCCCUGUCAUCAGGAUUUACAAGCCCUGUCAUCGGUGGCUGCAUACCUCCACCAGUGAAUUUAAGUUGCUUAUCAUUCAAUUUACUCUGUCUGGCAGAGCAAGACAAACAUUUGCUAAAAUCUUAUGGGUUUUUUUACCGAUUUACAUUUGCGAAGUUUAUAGUAAUCAGUAAUGGUAAGAGUGCGGUUUUCCCACGGGGUUUCAGCGGGGUAAAAAAAUUUUAAAACCACUCAAAGUCUAUUAUUGGAAAACUCGUAGUUUUUCCUGUGUAAAGUGUGAGCCAAACAAGGGGUCCUACUAAUUACUGCCCGAGACUGCCUGGGUAAACAUAACGUUAUGUAUUAUAUGGUAUAAGGCAGUGUGCUCUUGUAUUAAAUCGAAGUACCACUAGUUUUUUUUCAGGUUUUCUACUCACACCACGGCCCUUACUCUGCCUCUCAGUUUGUUAGAAAUGUGCAACGUGAAUGAAGUUAGUUUAGCUUGAUCAAGCUUGUACUGUACGUUGAGUUUUUCCUAUUUUUUUCAUGUUAGGGUAAACAAGGUGACGUGGGUCUUCCUGGCGACACUGGUGAUCCUGGACCAAAGGUAUCUAGGAAUUACCAUUUAUUACGUGUAAACACUAAGGACUGACAUUUGGAUGUUUGAUCUGAGAAGUGCCCACCUUAAGGCCUGACAUAGCGCGCUUAUACACUGCUCUAGACACCCAUAUAGCUGAAAGCUUAAGAGUCCAUUAGAUGCGGCUCAAUAUGAAAAUUCUGCUCAUUAUUGAUGUCAAAAGAAAUUAGUGUUCAGUAUACGUAUGCUUUCUGGAAAUCCUGGAAACCCUGGAUUUUUAUUUGAAUCCUGGAAACUCCUUGAAAAGUUCUGGAAUUUCAAAGUGACUGCUUAAAAGGCCCGGUAAACUAAACUUGUGGGCAAGAUAGUUAAAGUAUUAGCAGUUCUGUUUAGACACGAUUGAUUUCAAAACUUUCUUGCGCAUAGCAUAUCGAUCUUUUUCGAUAGUGAAAUUUACUUGAUAGCGAUUAUUUAUAGUAAAAAGCUUGACUCUCGACUUAUUGGCAAAAUUAUUUUUGUCAUAUUUCAUAUGCCCCUGGAAAACGCCUGCAAAACGAGAGCAGAUAGGUUUAGCUCAACCGCGUCUACGUUGUAGGACUAGACGCCUUCGUCGGUGCUAAAUCAGAUAUAGGUUAACUUAAUUUGAACAGGGCUAACAUAGACAAUAAAUUAUCACAUUUUGCAUCAUGUAUGGAAAAUAGUGUGUUUUAUACAUGUACCCCAGUUUAAAUUUGCUUUGCUGUGUGUAACAUGCUGUCACACAUUCAAUUUUUUUACUUCAAGUUAUAGUAGUAAGGGAGAGUCUGUUCGUACCACCAGGGUGAAAGAAAUUGCUAGUAAAAAGUUAAUUAGCUCACUCACCCCAACCCCAAAUAUUAUUGACUCGCACCAGGGUGAAAGAAAUUGCUAGUAAAAAGUUAAUUAGCUCACUCACCCCAACCCCAAAUAUUAUUGACUCACGUCAAAUCAUCUUAAUAAUUAUCUUGUUUUUAUACAUUUUCUAUCUUGUUUUGUAUGUCAUGAUUACUUGAACCCAAAGUUUGAAUUUUUUAGGGAGCAACUGGUGAAGCAGGCCCACAGGGCGCAGACGGUGAAGAUGGACGUAAUGUGAGUAUUAUAUAUAUAUUACUAGAAAUGCAUGCAUGCAGUAAACCCCUCGCCUUUCUUAACAGAUUAAGGAUAUACAUUUCACGAUUAAAAACAAUGGUAGUUGCUAUGGUAACAUGAAAAUAUUAUGGGAAAUAUUAAAAGAGAUAAUUUUUUAACUAAAGAAUUAUUUAUUUUCAAAAUCUAGAAUGUAGUUUUAUGGCAUUUGGCUCAUCCAUUAUAAUAACUCAAAUUAUAAUUCUGUAAAAUAUUUAAAGUUAUGAAUUUAUGCUUUGAUUUUUAGGGCAAGGCAGGUGAACGCGGACCUCGUGGUGACAGAGGUCUACGCGGCUUGAAGGUAUCGUAUGUUGAAAUAUUUUGUAUUCUUUUGACAAGGUGGUCUAAAGCAACUGUAUUUGAAGAAUGAAUUGUCUCCUACAGAAGCUGCUACCGGUCUUUGAAAUCCUUGAAAGUCUUUAAAUUGGAAUGCAGGUCUUUGAGGUCUUCGAAAAGUCUUUAAAUUGUGUGAAAAAGCGACGAAAGUCUUUAAAAGUCUUUAAAUUCUUUAGUGAGGAAUUGAUUAUACGAUUUCCUAGCUAAUAAAAUAGAUUGAUUGAAUCAAGAUUUUCGCAAAUAUCGACGCAAAUGCGCAUUUUAGGAUGUGAUUUGAAGGGACUAAUUACUGGGUAAAAAUGGUGCUUACACUCGCAAUUUUUCGACAGCUGAUUGCUCCCAAAGGUCUUUGAAAAGUCUUUGAAAAUAGGCAGAAAGAGUCUUUGAAAGUCUUUGAUUUUUUUUUGGUCUUGGAGACUACGAACCCUGUAGAGGGUCCAAGUAAGAGCAGGCAAUGAAUUCCAAAUCAUAAAUGCUACAGGGCACUAUCAUAAUAUUAUUAUACAAUGGACUAAUUACGAAUUCAGUUUAUUCUGCCCAGCAAAGCAAGUCAAACUUUUGCUAAUUUCUUAUCCAGUUUUCAUCCAAAUUUAAUCAAUGUUGUGCAGAUUGUGAAAUCGUUUGAGAUAUUAUGCGGAUUUGUUUUAUUUGAACUGAGCAUUUGAUUGGUUUCCGUUAAUUCAGGGACCAAUCACAGGCUUUGUUUACAAACUGCUGUGUUAAUGUCUGAAAUAUGAAAUCCAAUUUUCAUCCAAAUUUAACCAAAUCGUUGUUGUGCAGCUUGUGAGAUCGUUUGUGAUAUCGUGCGGAUUGGUUUUAUUUGAACUAAGCAUUUGAUUGGUUUCCGUUAAUUUAGGGACCCAUCACGGGCUUUGGUUACAAACCUACUUGUGAAUGGCAUUAUAAACUCCAUAAUCGCAACGAAUUUUGGAACAUUUUAGUCAAACGUUAGCUGCAAUCAAGUGUAGGGUCUUAUUAAUUGCAAUGUUGAAUUUAAACCAGUAAACGUUUUCUUGUCAGAAAAAAACAUUGCAUACCCUUUGUUACCAUUUACGAACUGUCACACUUAUGUUAGGGCAAGCCUUUUCUCACCGAUUUACGGUACACUGUAGUAUAAAAUUCGUUCAUCCUUCAAGUUUUGUUGUUUUAUGAAAUACUGUAUGUGUGAUGAUGUUUGCCGGCUUACAUUGCGCCUCCAUAUUAACUGUGCAUUAAGUUCUUUGUAGGAUCGCAUGGCGAUAAAACAUAUAAUACUUUUUGUUUGUGGAAACACCACGUAAAUUUAUCACUGCAAUAAUAUAAUAAUUUAUAUUACUUGCAGUAGCAUAAAUUUACGUGUUGUUUCCACAAACAAAAAGUAUGAUAACUAUGCAUUGACAUUAGGGACCUUUAGCAAAUAGGUGACGGCAACGCGACGGCAACGCGACGACGACGGCCAAAAUAAACUCGUUCGAAUAAGUAACUUUAAGAUCAACAUUGACAACAACAUGUCUUGUAUUAUCCGUUGUAUGAAUUUAUUGCAAUUUAAGAAGGUUGAGACAGAGGUUUAUAGUUGAGAAGACUUCUACUAAGCCAAUUUGGCGAGGACGAUUUCUCGCGGCUCGAAAGGCAGACGUUGUGUACAAAACGUGAAAAUAUUUGGUUUGCUGUUGUAAACAGAGCAAGGACGACAUCUAAAACUCCCAUGGGACCUUUAAUUAUGCAUUUUCUUUCUACACUGUCAUAAAUUUCAUUGUAUUAAUAGCCGUCGCCGUCCUGCUAGCUAAAGGUCCCUAUUUAUCCUUAUGCAACGGCUGAAGCCAACCUACGUUUUAUUUUUAUUAGGGUGCUCGCGGUAACCGUGGCCCUCAAGGUUCCAAAGGCAUGCAAGGAGAACAGGUAUGAUACAAAAUGAUUUGUAUAGGAGUAAAUAAAUUCGGAAUGUACAUAAAUGAAAUAGAUGGCGUUUGCUGCAUAUAUUUAGUAAAGGACGGCACGUCACACGAAGUUUCCUUUUAUAUGAGUUGAUUUGCUCAUGCUGCUUUGUAGUGGAACUUAUUUAUAGAUAGGCAUUGAAGUUAUUUUGUUUUUGUCCGGAUGUGAAUAGUGCAAGGAUAUCCGGAGCUAAACAACCAAUCAAAUUGCGCGAAAAGCAGUAUCCACCUACCAAGUAUAUGCUAACAUCGAUUAAUCGUGUUGAAAAAAUCUAUACACGUCCACAGUGGUUAAUAGGGAGUUUACGAAUGUAGGACGGCGAUGUCAGGACGACGGCUAAACAAACUGUUUGAAAUAAAUGAUUGUAUGAAAAUCUUGUCUUGUAUUUACUUUUCUAUGAAUUUAAAAAAGUUUCGAACGAGUAAAACAGAGCUUUGACCCUCCAAGCAAUGUUAAUCAACUCUGCUAGAAAAACUACCUGUCACGGCGUGCAUUGCUGGCCUACUAUACAAUACGUGAAAAUAUGCAUUUUGCCGUUGUCAACAGAGCUUGGACGACGUCUAAAACCCCUGUUAGACUUAAUUAUUCAUUUCUUUUGUACUAUAGGAUUAAUGUCAUUGUAUUGAUAGUCGUCAUCCUGACGUCGCCAUCUCACAUUCGUAAAGUCCUUAAUGUCGCUUCCAAGAAAGGAGCAUGUAUUCCAGUUUCUAUUUGACAGCCAAUGGGAGCUCUAAUGGAAGCUUAGGGAUCAGAACAAGUCACGUUUUUGCCAUUUGUUCACAUGGACAAUACCAUCUCCUCUUAUAUUUUUUUUAAUCGGUAAAAACGUCAUUCCGGGAUCAUGCCAACGGCUGUUUUGUUGAUUCGAUUAUUGUUAAGAAUAAUCUAUUCCCAAAAGGCACAAAAAAUAAUCGAUCAAUCGCGUGCAGCUCCAACUGAGUUUUAGUAGCGGAUUGUUUUAGGGUUUCCUGAUUGUAUAAACAAUCUUCACAGUUUAUUUUUUGCCUUUCAGGGUAAAUCUGGUGAGGCUGGCGAAGAGGGUAAAGUUGGAGCGGUGGUAGGUCAUUCUUCAAGCACUUUUUACAAAGAGUUCAGUAUUCUUUAAUACGAGGCUACGAGCUAUCUGUAGUUUUCCAAGAUGAAUUUCCAUGUUGUAUAUAGUUUGUUUUCAAAAACAAUUAUCCGUAUCCGAAACCUGAUGAUGGAUUUACCAAACAGUCCCUAUAGGGAGAAGGAUAUUUUCGAGUUUCGUUUUCAUUUUAUUCAUGCGUAAUUUUCGUGUGCAGUAAUAACCAAUUUGUGUAGUGAUAUAAAGUAUUGGCGAGUGUUUUCCAAAGCAUUGCGCGCUAUAAAAAGCAAUUAAACCCGCCGUUUUCAGUAAUUCAUUUGUAAACUAUUUUGUUUAUUUUGAAAAACACCUUUUUUUAUUCUUAUUGGUUUAUUUGCCCAAAAAAAGAAAGACUGUUAGCUAUUUACAAGAUAUUAAUAAAAUAAAGUCGGCGAGGAGACCUCAAGAAGCUUAGAGCUUGUGUAAAGAGGCCACCUCAUCUCAAAAAUUCAAAGUUAAAUAUUUAAUCUAAUUCAGUAAAGAACUCUUGUCAUAGAUUGCUAAUUCAGUAAAGAACUCUUGUCAUAGAUUGCUUUUAGUGGGCAUUAGGCCUGGUUGUCGUUUUAGUUAAUCCAUAUUGUGUCGUCCAUAAAAUUGGACUGGCGGGCACCAGUAAUCUCUCAACUGAAAAAAAAAACAAUUGCCUAAAGGAUGGAUUGGCUUUUGCAAUUCUUUCUAGAAUUUGAGCCCGCAAUGCAAUAGUGUGACACUAAUACAUUAACCUAAGGAAUGUGUAGUGAUUUAUAAAUGAUGUUUUAUUUGCGGGUUGAAUCUGUACUUAUUUGUUGUGUAUACCAAGCCUUUGCUUUUGAUUUAGGGUGAACAAGGGGCUCCUGGAACACCUGGUCCUCAAGGUCCAAGGGUAAGCAUAGCUACUGUGUAACGUGUUUCGUGCUUUGUGACACUAGCCAUUCCAUGUCUUGUAAAGCCAAAAACAGCAUGAAAUAUUGUUACAAUGGGCCGGUUGUAUCAAACUCUUUAACUAUCCCUUAACCACGUGAUCAAAUCGGUUGUAUAAAAAUGUAGUUAGGGUAAACUGCAUUUAAAACGUAUGGUUAACGUAUGCCUUGGAUAUUAUUAACCCUUGGUAUUUGGACGAGAACUAGGAAUUCAAAGAUAACCUCCUCAGAAUUCAGAGAAAUUCCGUCUCCUAACUUUACUGAUUAUCUGUUUUGUAUGUAUAGGGUAAGAACGGAAAACAAGGAGCUAAAGGCGAGCGUGGGCAAGACGGAGAGCAGGUAGGAAAAUGUUAAUUCGAUGGCCAAAGGCAGCGUUACGCAAUGCUUAAUAUAGAAAUGAUGGGGUAAUGAGGGAUAAUGUGCAGAGAGUUUUCAUUAUUGCCACGCCCCACUAACCACCUCUCAAUCUACUGAAUAUUGCGUAAAUUUCGCCCUGUUAUCCACCGAGUUACUUGCAAAGAUGGCAAGGAAUUGAAAAGUGUUAUUUUCCCUGGCUGAUUUACAGAUUUUAUUGAAAAAACAAGCUUACAAUUGACAUUUGCAUUAAAAUUUACAUAUAUAGUUAAUGAAGAGAAAAAUAAAUUUGUAUAGAGAGUGAGUCUUGUGCCGUGUUCAAAGUAGCUGAAAGUUUUCGAGUUGGCACUGCCUACAAUUUAUAAUGAAUUUUAAAAAUUGGGUCCUAGAAAUUUUAGCUGAGGAACGAAAGAAGUGGAACGUAUUUUCUCACCCACCGCUGAGACUGUUUAAUAGCGACCUCGAGCAUGUAGGACGGGAAUGCGACAGCAAACAAACUCGUUGCUGAUUGCUGAAGAAAACUUGUCGUCAAUUAUCCAUCGUAUGAAAAAUAAUACAGUUUAAGGAUUGAGGUUAACACAGGGUUUGAUUGAGAAAAGUUCUAGGACCCAAUUGAAAGUAGCAGUUGUCCCAACUUGAAAUGUAAGCGUUGUAUACAAGACGUGAUGAUUUUGCCGUUGGAAACAGAGCGACGGCAACGUGUAAAACUUGUGUGGGAUUUUAAUUGUUCAUUUCUGCUCAUUUUCGUAUAUUAAUAUUCUAUUAUUAGCCGACCUCGUUGUACUAUCGUCCAGCUUGUUGAGGUUCAUAACAGUAGUUCUUUGCAAUUUUGAAAGUGUAAAAUUUAAGGCCGUUUCUUGUUCUGUCCCCGUACUAGAUUAAGCCUUGCCUAAGUUCGCUAAUAAGUGGGUGAUGCGGGUUUCGCAAACACAUUGUGCUGUUGCGUCCGUCAUUGCUUGACUAAAUACACCCGCCCACCCUGCCCUUUUUUUAAGACUUCAAGAUUACCGACUGGCCAUGAAAUGGACAAAAGACUGAACUUUGCUAUUUCUUAGAUUUAUUGUUAGUUAGAUUGUAUGUAGUUGCAGUAACCACUGCACAGUUGUAUUAGCUGUAAAUUAUUAAUUGCGGCGGAUGGCAGCAGUGCGGCUCCGAAUGGUGUGUGAGAACGCUAUCUAAUGCAAUUUUACUCUACAUUGUUGGAAAUGAACUUUUUAUUGUCUAUGCAUGACAAUCUCAAGCCUUAAUGCUUGGCGUUUGAGUCUGGCGGUUCAACGCUUCGUAGGGCUCAGGAUAAUCUACAGACGGCAAAAUGAAAACGAGAAUUAACUAGAAGAUUGGUUAGCGGAUGAGUUAAGCAGUUGGCAAUUUGUUUUUAGGGUCCAAUAGGUGUACCUGGACCAGAUGGUCCCCAGGGUCGACAAGGUCCUGUCGGAAUCAGUGGUCGUCCUGGAACUCCUGGUUCUAAUGGAAGAAAGGGUGAACAGGUAAUAUCAAUACAGCUGUCAAACAUUUUAAAAAUAGAAAGCACUUUCUGUGUUUCUAUGCACUUAUGAAAUAAUGAGUGGAAAAGCUACCCCGAAGGACGAGUUUUUCCACGUUAUUUCGCUGUAUAGAAACACAGGAAAAAGUGUUCUCUAUUUCUUUUAUAAGAUAUCUCAAGAAAUGUUUUGUAGCCACUUUUAUAGCGAUUAAUUUAAAAAUUCUUAUUACCCCCAGCAUAAAAUCCACUCGCUCGGUUGUCCGGCGUUUACUCGUCAAUUUGAGUAUACAAUAGUUAAGUUCUUAAUUCACUACCUACACUUGGAAUUCCCUUUAGAAUGACCUGUGGGUCGAGGGUAGGGACUAGUAAUCGGGACAUCUGAAUUUGUUAGUGAAGGGGCCAUCAAAUAAAAUGGACCUAACUGGGAGGUCAUGUAUAUUUUUGUACUUUUUAGCCUCGAUAGCCUAAAACACUAUUCUUCACUAAGUCAUUCUUCUCUUUUUUGCUUAUAUUUAAAUGGAAGCGACCUUUAUUUGGGGGGCGGGGCAUAGUUUAUUGGAUGGACGAACCCUGGAGUUGGAAGGGCUUGUCCCUCUCAGUUUAUAUGUUAAAAGAGGCCCUGUGUUCAUUAGAAUGGGUGGUAAGAAAAGAGUAGGCACCUCUAGUGGUUUGAGGGGUUUUCUGCAAAACUCCUGUUUUCCACCAUACCCCUUCCACCAUAGCUAUGGUCUGUGAUCAGGCAUUAAUGACAGCCAAAGGCGCCGUAGAAACCUUCGACUCUUUGUUAUAAGGAGGAAUAAAUUAGCACCCUCCUUCACUUGUAGAUCCGUCCUAAAUAAUAUCUACAUUAAAUAAACUACGGUAAACAAGCUGUUGAGGUCUCCUUUCAAUUUAGCUCGACUAUCAUCUCACUAUAUAGUCUGUAUUUUUAGGGACCACGCGGUUAUGACGGUGAAAAUGGUAAUGAUGGUGCGGAAGGCCAAAACGUAAGAAAUUAUUUGCGAGAAACAAUCGCCUAACUUCAAGUUUAAAUCAAAACAAUGAAUGACUGCAUCGCAUAGAAGACAGUGGGAUUUUCGGACCAUGAAAAGGCAGUGUAACAUUUCGAUCACUGGAUCGUAGAUAGCAGUACUGUAAAAACUCGCAUACAAGAACCACCAGGCUCAAAUAUAAAAAAUACAAGAACUACUUCAGGCUAACAAAUGAGUCUGGUUUUAAAACAAAUAAAACGUUAACUUUUGUUCUUUAUCUGAAGCACAAUUGUACAUGUUUAAAAAGGCAGAUAUAAACUUGAUAUGUUAAUCUGUUGGGAAAACACUAAACCAGGAACAAUUUUUUUUACUAGAAAUAUGAACCGGUUAAAAACCAACUCGGCUUAAUUUCUCAAUAAGUACCACUGCAGUUUGACAUAAAAAAAUUCGGUUCUUUUAUGCGGGUCUUACUGUUACUCAAUGUGUUGUGCGAAGGUCCAUUAAUGUGUAUACUGUAUUAUGUUGUUUUCUAGGGAGCUGAUGGCGAUCCUGGUGUUGAUGGUCCUCAAGGUCCACCAGGACCCAAGGUAAAAUCAAUAAUAUAUAUGAGGUAUAUGUUAGCGAAUCAUACCUGCGCGCAGGCCUUUUUAGUAUUAAAGUUUGUGUUCAUACCGAUUCUGUGAUUUACUAAUGAACCUCCGGUCAAACGAAUACGAGAGGUGAUGAGUGUUCAGAACCGACAGUUUACAUUACGUUUCGCAACUGCCAUACCCCAGUCAAACGAGAACAAACGUUGCGUGAAAAUUGACGAGACUUGUGGACUGGAUACUACUGGUCAAACUAGAAAAACUCGUAUGAACAGUAUUUGAACCUGCUCAAAGUUGAUGAGAUCAUGAGGGUACAUGAAAGUCAAUUAGAGUUUGGCAGUCAAACGCGUGCGAGAUUUGGAACUCUCAUCAACUCUUGUCAAUUCUCAUCCUCUUUCAUCGGGCCUUUAGAUUUCAUUACAUUGUAUAAGUGAUCGAAUUUUGGCAUGCUGGUAACAUUACUGUCUAUACUUGCUUGCUUGCUUGCUUCCUUUGCUUGCUUCCUUUGCUUGCUUGUUUGCUUGUUUGUUUGUUUGUUUGUUUGUUUGUUUGUUUGUUUGUUUGUUUGUUUGUUUGUUUGUUUGUUUGUUUGUUUGUUUGUUUGUUUGUUUGUUUGUUUGUUUGUUUGUUUGUUUGUGAGUUUGUUUGUGAGCUAGACUAGGUGAGCUAGACUAAUAGAAUAACUACAGCAUUUUCUUUCUUAUCUAGGGUUUCAAAGGUGCCGCUGGUUCACCCGGUGAAAACGGCGAUCCUGGAUACCCGGUAUGAUAAUAAUUUUCAAUGUCUGAUUUGUGGUUUAGACUUUAUGGUGGCGUCCUAAACACACCUGGGUAAUGGCAAGGGUAUUGAAAUCUGUAAAACUAGAGACCUUAAGAUUGACGUUAGCAAUCAGACCGUUGACCGCAAACGGCAAAUACUGUAAAUUAAAAAUAAUGUAGCUAAAAGUCCAAAGUUGAUGAAAUCGUUCAAACGUAUAUUGAUGGUUCCCUUGACCAGUUUGAUGCAGAAAGUAUGAAGUGAUAAGAGCCCUGUGCACUGUGAAAAUGUAAGAGUCAUGUGCACUGUAAAGACUGAAGUCAAGGCUAAUUUUACAGUAUGUAUCUUGUUUAUGAACCCCCCUGCACAAACAUGAACAACAAAACUGCCUGGUCAAGCGACUUAAUUUUAAGUUUUUUUGUAGCUUUUCAUGUCGAUAGUAUAAUUUGUGGAAACAGCGCGUAUAUUUAUUAUCCAAGACUAAAAUCAAACCUAACUGUCCUUGGCUAUAUUGUUUACCGUAUGUUUGCCUUCCUCUCCUGGUGAGGGUGCUUACUUCCUAACCGUGAGGCGAAUUUCCUAAACGGGAAGCGAAUUUCCAGGCGCUGAUCAUUCGCGAAACGCGCCCAAAACGUCCAUCGAUAAUUUGGUUAACUUUAUCGAGAAUAGCCUGUUUACAGUUAUAUUUGAAAUCGGAAAAUGCGGUUUUCGAACAGACCCUAUCGACCAUCGUGAUAUGACAUUGAAGGAAUACAAUUGAACAUAUGUUCAUCCAUUGCCUUGUAGGGCGAUGCAGGAGCUGAAGGACCCAAGGGACCAACUGGUGAUCCUGGACAAGCUGUAAGUAACAUGGCUUAUCUGACCUGGGGCGGGGGUCGAAUAGAAUAUUAUUUAUUACAUUUACAAGUGACCAAUUACAAGGUUUUGGAACGCUGUUGAAAAGUGCUCUUCGAGCUUUUGCUUCUUAGCAACCCCCAAACUUUAUCUUCUCAAUUUUGGAAGAAUUACACAUGUUGCCUUCGUAAAGGAGUGGGAGGAAACAUUGUUUUUAAGUGUUAAGUGACACCUUUGUCAUUAGUAUUGGAAUCCUAGCUCGACAACUGCCUCUCUGUAGCUCAGUUGGUUAGAGCACUGCACCGGAAUCGCAGGUUCGAACUCUGCCAGAGGGCCGAUAGGUACAUUCCUCGCAACUGUUCGUGGUUAGAUCUAAUAAAUGUAUAAAAAUUCCACACGAAGUUUUCAUCUACCCUUCAACAAUAUCCUAGAAUCCUUUCGGGAGAUGUUAAUGUAUAUCAAAUUUAAAUUUGAUUUUUCUUGCGCAAUAUGUGAAGUAAUUGACUUUUUAAUAGGGACCAGUCGGUAGUGCGGGAGCCAAGGGUGGUACUGGAUCUGAUGGCGAUCAGGUGAGUUUUCUGUAAACAUCUUUUGUUCACGUUUCCAUUGCAGUGAAUUGAGAUGUUCUGGACGAACAUGGUCGUCCUUAUGAUCGUCUUCACGUGGUUUUAUUUGCUCCGUUUUGCUCAGGAUUUUACUGUUCUCCCAAGCAUGCUUGUAUUAUAUUGUGUUCCACAGUAUUCUACAGGGAAUGUUGACAGGGCUGGUUUGGAUUAUCCCCUUAACUGACCAUUUCACCGUUGCUCAAACAUGAGUCAUAAGGUGGCAACCAGGAUAGCUCUUAUAGAAAGCCUCCGACCUGUGUCGUACCGUAUCUCUCUCCUCCGCAGAGGCUUUAGUUUUCUUAGGAUUUAACAUUUCGAUGAGAUACAUUUCACUACACUUUACAUGGCGGAUCUUGGAACACGAGCGUAAUUAAAGCCUCCGCGGAAGAGAGAGGUACCGUAUUGUGUUAUAGUAUACAAAUAAUUAAUGUUUAAAGUGCAUAUGGCAUGAAAUUUAUUAUUUUCUUAAAUGAAAGAACUCUUUAAGCUGUAGUGUAACUUAUAUUUCAGUUUCUUGUUUUUUUUUUGGUUUGUUCCCGAGAUAUUUCAAUUUGUUUGAUAUGUAAAUGAGUGUGAAUAUGUCCGCUAAUUUAUGACGUCACGUUGGUUGCAAGCUCAACUUACACUGGCUAUAAAUAUAUUAACUCUAAAAACUGAAAAUAUCAGUUCACGUUUUUCUCCAGUGUUUCAUCACAUUUACCAGUGAGGGAAAUUUGAAGUUAUCAUCUUGAUAGCAGUGAUAUUCAAUCAUUUUCAGGAGCUUGCAACCAAAGUGACGUCAUAAAUUAGCGGACAUAUUCACUCUCAUUUACAUGUCAAAUUGAAAUAUCUCGGGAACAAACCAUAAAAACAAGAAACUGAAAUAUAAGUUACACUACAGCUUAAAAAGUUCUUUCAUUUAAGAAAAUAAUACAUUUUAUGUCAUAUGCACUUUAAAGAUUCCAUCUUUCACCGAAUGAAAAUCGUUUUACUAUUGCACGAAUUAAAGCAUUCAUUAUUUGUUUUAUAUCACACCAAAAAAUACUGAAAAUAGAUACAUUUUAUCGAAUUUUAAAGUGAAUUAAGUACAAAACUAAUCAUACCUUGCUCAAAAAGAAUUAGAUAUGACAAUGGUAGUCAUUUAUCGUGAAAAUAUCGUAUUUUUACACCCAACAUUUUGCUUCGCACGAUUUAUGUACUUGAAUUCAAUUCCAACGGUCUCCGUAUGGAAGUUAUUUUUAGAUGAGUUACUAUCACGAUACGAAUAGGAUUUUGAAUGAUUGCAUUUAAUUCAACCUUACCGUGCAAUAGUACAAGUACUAAGUUCUUUGAUGAUAAAAGAUAUAAUAGUUUGUUUGUGGAAACGCCACGUAAAUUUAUUACUGCAAAGCUAGUACAAGUACUAUUGCACGGUAGCAAAAUGGGAAUUUUAAUUCCAUAUCACGUGAUUAUAAUAGGCCAAUUAAGUUACUAGAAAAUUAAUCAAGUGUUAUAUAAUUUCCUCUGUAUUGUCGCUUAUACUACGUGAUCGCAAACUGUACGUCAUUUUUUAGGGCGCACGCGGUGGUCGAGGGGAGAUCGGCGACGUUGGUGUUGGUGGUUUGAAGGUAUGUGAUAAUACUGAUUAAUUAUCAAUAGUUGUGUUUACUAGGGAUGGGCCGAUAUCGAUACCAAAUACUCGAUACUGUCGAUACCAGGGUUUUGAAGAAAAGUAUCGAUACUGGCAAGAAAUAUCGAUGUUUCGAUAUUUCUGCGCCCGCGAUAUUUUUCAUUUUGGUCAGCGACAUCAUCAUGAAAAUGAUACCAAAAAGCCUAAAUAGGCGUAAAUAGUUCAUUUUCUAUGGUGCUAUAAUUGUCCACGGGAAGGAUGGGAGUUUCUGGUUAUGUUGGUUGCAAUCACUGACAUAUGUUAUUCAAUGUUUAUAUUGUUAGCGUUGUGGCCGUUGUUAAUAUUUCAAGUUGGGAAAAUAUGGCAAAAAAACGGCAAAUAUCGAGCAAAUAUCGUAUCGAAUGAAAAAUCUGGUAUCGCCCAUCCCUAGUGUUUACUAGAUGACUGAGCAUGUCGCUUGACUACAUCAAUCUAAACGAAUUUAUGGAAUUACAUCUACCAUGUUGAUUUUGAACUUAGCAAUUCAGGAGUUUUCAUAUAAGAACAUUCGGUGCUCAAAACAAUGUAAGCUUUUGGGAGUGUACGUUCACGUUGGUGACGUAUCGGUUGGUACAUCUAUUCAGAAAGAACACCUAUAACCAAUCAGAGAGCUUUAAUACAAUCAUCCAAUAAGGAAACAGAGUCCGGAUCUGAUCUCAAACUGAUUGGCGCGGCUCAAUGAAUCAAUUGCCGCUUUCAACCAUGCAGAGGUUUAUUUUUCCUCUCCUCUCCCCUACCCAAUGAAAAUAAUAAAAAAUAAACCUCUGGUACCAGGGUGCUUUUAAGCUAGUUUUCCACUUCGAUCGUAACGUAUCGUAGCAUUUUCUUUUGUGUCGAAGUAAUUAGUUCCACUCUAGUACCCAGGAAACAAAGAAAUACGCUUCGCUGCGAUUGAAGUGGAAAACAGGCUUAAAACAUCGAUUUGACGUCGAAAAUGCAACCUGGAAACGACGUCGACAUCUAGACGUUGAAACGACGUCGAUUUCUGGACGUUGAAACGACGUCGAUUUCUGGACGUUGGAACGACGUCGAUUUCUAGACGUUGAAACGACGUCGAUAUCUAGACAUUGAAACGACGUCGAUAUCUAGACGUUGUAACGACGUCGAUUUCUAGACGCUGCAACGACGUCGAUUUCUCAACGUCGAUUCCGUUUGCGUUUUCAACCCUUUUUCGACGUCGAUUCGACGUCAUCCUCCGACGCUGUUUCGACGUCGCUUUGCCGGCUGGGCUGUUUCUUUAUCCGGUUACAACUAUAUGUUUCGUCUCUCUUGUUCUUCAUAAUAUUUUACGGGUACAGCUGUGCUGAUGUUAUCUGUCUAAAUUUGUCGUCUCCACGUUUCUUUAGGGCGCAAGGGGCAGCAAGGGCCCGAAGGGUCAAACUGGUCAAAGUGGUGAUGUUGUAAGUAUAUCCCUCACGUUUCUACCUAGAGUUUCUACCUUGCAUUAUUUUCCACGAUCGGAAAUUGCAGUCACAAAUUGACACCCAAGACGAGCUAGUUCAGUGGAUUGUACGGCUUAUUGACCGAGCGUGAGGUCUGUACUGUGAAAUAUCAGACCGAGGUUUUUUAGUAUGGACCGAGGUCUGAUAUUUCACAGUACAGACCGAACAAGCGAGGUCAAUAAUCGGUUUAUUAUAUGGCUGAACUGAGUCCGUGAGCAUAUGCUUUUCGCGCGAAUUAAAUCGGCUAUCGUCAGUUUCACAAUGUACGGUAGGCAUGCAUGCUCAAUCGAAAACAAUUUGGUUUUGUUUGAAAUUUUUAUCUGUAAAUUUUAAUGACACACAAUUGGAAAACUGAAAGGCAAAAAGUAUUUCUGUUUGCAAAGCAAAAAUUUCCCGCCAGAUAAGCGACAUCUGGGACACAGGUCCAGAUGUGGAAAAUACAGAACACUGUCCAGAUAUGGGUUUUUACGGACCUAAAAUAUUUUUGGCGUUCCCUUUGUUUUAGCUUUAUUUUGUAGUUUAUAUUCUGGCGGUUGAGAAACACAAAAUAGUAGUUAAAUAUUGUCAAUUUAAAUACAAUUAUCAUUACUGUAAAACUGACGCCAUAUUUAUAUACAGCAAUAUAAGCAAACUUACUGGACAGAUAAAUCACUAAACAUACUUUUAAAGUUUGUUUGCCGCUGACAAACGUAUCAGAAAUUUUAAAAAUUCAAUAUAGUCAUAACCAAGUGGAAAAAGCGAAGCUCCGACUCCAGCACAUAGCACUAAUUUCCGGUUGUGCCGUGAAAAACGGUGUUUCCAAAUUUCCAUGACGUUAUCCUGUGUUGCAGCAGUAAUUGUGAUUAAAUAGUGUUUCCACUUUUCUGUUUCUAGGGUCCGACUGGUAAACCUGGUUCUCCUGGUGCCCCCGGACCCCCAGGUGUUCAGGUAAAUAGAUUACUUCAGUUUUGGUGAGGGGGGGGGGGGAGAAGGUGGAUGACAGCGCGAAACCUAUACGUAAAAGUAGGAAUUGGAGAUGAGAACAAUUUUAGAAAUUAUAGCUAGUGACGUCAUGAAUAUUUUUCCUUAGUUAUAAUAAUUGGUCGUAAUCGCUUGUUACUUCUUAAUGAAGCAAAGACAACUUUAUUGAACCUAAUGUUAUUUCAGGGUACAAGUGGUGAUACGGGUCCAAAGGGUCUUGUUGGAGGCGACGGUGAAAAGGUUAGUUCGUUAUGAGAUUGAGAAUAAACAAAGUAACAACAAGUGCGACAAUACAAAACAAAAGCUCUUCCCUUGAACAAAUGUGUGCAUGUUAUAGAUACUCAGACUUUUCCAUUGAAACAUGUGUCAUUGCCCAGAUGUUUGUUUUUGUCUUUGAAAAAUUAACUACAGGAUACUGAUGGCGAACAAUAGAGGACAAUUGCUAGGACAAUUUUAAAAGAAUAACGUUUACAUACUUGUAAUCUUGAAUAGACCUUUCCCCUUAUGAGUGAAAUUUUGAAACUUCGUAAUAUUACUAAUUUUGUGAUGCUCUUUCCAGUCCAGUUUUUGUCCAGGCAUAUCUAGAUCAAAAUUUCUCUCAUAAGGGGAGAGGUCUAUUCACUCGUUCGUUACCACAUGUGUCAGUUUAGUGGACGCAAACGUUCACAGCUUAUAUAUAUAUAUAUAUGAAACUGAUUUUAAAAAAGAAUGCAAAUGAAUAUUCUAAUGUUAAGCCCGCAAGAAUUGUUGGAAUAAGUGGACAAAAUACACCUGUGACGUCAAUUGGAAUACAUGCCAUUGAUUUUGUAAUUGUCAGAAAAUGUGCAAAUUUUGAAGUGAAGUGAAGGGAAUGUUAAUUCUGCUAAAUGAAUGCCAUAAAUUGGGUAAAUGGCAACAUUCGUUCUUAUUUUAACCCAGUGCAGGAUUGCAGGAUAUUUGGUAUUCUAUUUAUAUAUAUAUAUAUAUAUAUAUAUAUAUAUAUAUAUAUAUAUAUAUAUAUAUAUAUAUAUAUAUAUAUAUAUAUAUAUAUAUAUAUAUAUAUAUAUAUAUAUAUAUAUAUAUAUAUAUAUAUAUAUAUAUAUAUAUAUAUAUAUAUAUAUAUAUAUACCGAAGUAUAGAGCUAAUAUAGAUAAAGAUAAAAUAAACCUGGUUUACUUCAUAAAUAAAUAAAUCUUAUGAAGUAAAUAAAUCUUGUGAAUAAAUCUUAUGAAGUAAACCAGGUUUAUUUUAUCUUUAUAUAUAUAUAUAUAUAUAUAUAUAUAUAUAUAUAUAUAUAUAUAUAUAUAUAUAUAUAUAUAUAUAUAUAUAUAUUUUUAUAUAUAUAUAUAUAUAUAUAUAUAUAUUUUUAUAUAUAUAUAUAUAUAUAUAUUUCCAAACGAGUUUUCACACGAGUAAAUUCAUCAUUGUUAUCUAACCUAAUUUGUCACGGACCUACUUAAGAUUGAAAGCAAUCCAUGAAAGUGACAUUAGACACCUCUGAACGAUACUACUGUCGGACUGAAUGUGGCAUAAACGUCGGUAUUUUUAACAUUUAAUACAUGGCAUUAUAUUUAUACUUUCUAAAACUGUUAGUGCCGAAGUAUUCUAUGAGGCGACAGUGACUUUCGGAAGAAAGAGGAACGACAACCAUUUUUGGAAUCGGUCUGUAACUUGAAAAUCCUGGAAUUCCUAGAAUUUUAAGAAAAAAGUAAAUCAAUGUCUGGAUUAGUGCAAUGUCCUUAAAACUCCUGGAAUUUCUUUCUAGAUGUGCUGAUACCAAUUGAACAUUAUUUAGACUAUUGAUCUUGAAUGAAUAGUAGUGUUUCAAAAAAGCAAAAUCCGUGGUAUUCUCCAAAGAUUUAUAUCAAUAGGUUCUUGAAUAUACUGAAAAACGAAUUUCCUCUUCUCUAAUGGGUGGAAACCCUGAUAACUGCUAAUGUAAUGGCCCAGUGGGGACAAUAAGCCAGUAGCAGAAUUCGCAUUAAACCGGUUGGCUAAUCAUCUUUUGCAUUAUACUUAGUAUAUUGUUUGUUAUUUUAGGGUCCAGAAGGUGCGAUAGGUUACCCUGGUUCUGAUGGUGCUAGUGGUCCCGCUGGACAAGAUGGUACCCCUGGUAACGAUGGUCCAAAUGGUGCUACUGGUGAUAAGGUAUGGAGCUAUGUUAACAGGCGGUCCCUGCAGGUACAUUAAAAAGGUUGGCUAAAAUGCAAAAUGCUAUUAAUCCCUUCUAAACAUCGACCAUUUGCUGAAUAUGUGUCGUAUAUAAGUGCCUCGUUCAAUAAUGUGGGUCAAAUUCGGAUAAUAAAUAACUCCUGUGUUCUUGCGAUUCAAUCUUUAAACUGGAGUUUUAAUAUAUUUUCUAAUGAUUCCUAAGUUUCUUUGUGUGUUUAACAAAAAAAGUGGACGGGCAUCCGGACAGUUCUAACCACUGAACUAUAUAUAUAAGAAAAUGUACUGCAAAAUCUCUGAAUAUUUUAGGGGCCAUUCACAAAGGAUGUCCGGCUAAAUGAUGGAUUUUCAGACCCCCCCUCCCCCCCUUGUCCGGCAUUGUCCGAAUUAGUGACCCCCCGGACAUCCGCCAUGCCUCGCAAAAACUCACGCAACCUUUUAUAUAUAUCAAGAGUAAAAAACUUUUUUUUACUUAGAACUUUUUUACAACUAUAAAUGUGAACACAAAAACAUAUAAAUUACUAAUUAAAACAAAAUCUAGUGUUAACCGCAUAGUCAAAAUACCAAUUUCACAAUGGGAAGGACUGCUCAAAAUAGAGGGGAAAAAAAAUUGUUUUUGAAUUUUUUUAAAUUUCGGACAUCCGGAUUGCUAAAAAAAAAACCUCCCCCCCUAUGUCCGAGUUUGUCCUGAUUUUCCAAACCCCCCCUCCCCCCCUCGGCUCGGACAUCCUUUGUGAAUGGCCCCUUACUAAUAUAUUUUUGGCGGACGGAAAAUUUUCAUGUUUGAGCCUACGUUCUUAUCAAUAUCGGUCAUUACCAUUGGAAAAACGAACCAAAUAUGGUCCCGGUCACUUGGCGUUGCGUCAGGAGCCAUCCUGUUUUUACGACACUUUGUCCAGUAGAAUUACAAACCGCUUUUAGGCCCGCUUGCAGGUGGGAUUUUAGAUGGAUUUUCUUCUUCUGCUGGAUGUGAACGAGUGGAUGUGUUAUGAAUGCUCAGAUGAGGGUACGUCAUUGAACUAUAAAUAAACUGGAAGGCUAACUCAGGGGGGGGGGAAUUGAAGCCAGUGCAUUUUAGUUUUUCUGAGUUAUGAGCAGAAAUACUCAACACUGAACGUUGGGCUAUAUAUCAAAUUGAAGCUAUUGAAAAACGCUAUUUGGUGUAGAAAUUUCAAGACUUUAGCUAAAAGGGAAAUAUUAAAAAAUUACAAACAUAAUUACCGAUAAUUUGCCGUUUUGCAGUUGUUUUUGUAUUUUUUAAAUAUUUUUCUUUUCGCUGAAGUCUUGAAAUUUCCACACCGAAUAGCAAUUUUCAAUAGCUUCACUUUGAUAUAUAGCCCGACGUUUGGGGUCAAGUAUUUCUGCUCAUAACUCAGAAAAACUAUUUUGGCUUCAUCAAAUCAUAGGCCUUCAUCAUAGCAGUUAGCCUUCCAGUUUAUUUAUAGUUCAAUGGGGUACGUAUACUCAGAACAUUCAUAACCCAUCUACUCUUUCCCAUGUGUCAGAAGACGAAAAUCGGCUUAGAAAUCAAAGCAAAAAUUAUAGGUGUAAAUGGGCAUUUACUGUAGCCAGAACUUGCAAUAGAGGCCAUAACAUAGUCGUUAGUGCAUGUGCAAGGCGUCGGUUUUGCAUUGUGAAAAAAUGUGAGAAAAUCUUUAAAUCAACAUUUCUUUUAUAUUAAUGUAUGAAUUCUUGUUUCUUAGGGUCCCCAAGGUCCCCCAGGCCCUAAUGGUGAAGCUGGUCCAUCUGGAGAGCGGGUAAGUUACUGUUGCUUAUACAUGUAAUAAAAUUAAAUAUUUCUCAAAAAUUAAAAAAAACACGUUUUCAACUGUAUAAAUUUUAUCUUCUAUACUAUGUGAUAUCUUUCUCCACCCGUUAGCGUAUUUUUACGUUAGUGUAUUUUUCGCGAUAAUGGGGGCGGGGGGGGGGGGGGGGGGGGGGGGGGGGGGCAAUAUUCAUAUAUUCGUGUUCACAGACCUUAAAAACAAUUGACUUCAAAAGAAAUUAAUGAUGCAGAACACGAAUAUAUGAAUAUUGCCCCUCCCCCUCCCAAUUAUCGAGUUUGCUACGCCACUGAGUUCGACCUCUGAAAACUCGACAUUGAAAGAUUUUUAGAACAAACCGAAUAUAUGUAGUAAAAGUCUAGAAAAUACAUAAAUUCUCGCUUCCAGAUAGUUCGAGGUAUAUUGUCAAUCGUAUGAAUUUAAUACAGUUUUAGAAGUUAAAGAUAUGGGUUUUAAGGCCCUGUUACACUAUUGCGUAUCGUACUAGCGUAUGCCAGCAUAUUAAAAAUAUCACUCAUACGCCGGUAUACGCUCACAUACGCUAGGGGUACGUUAGGCAUAGGUUGUAUACAUUUCAAGCACGGUCGCAUACAGUGUCAUACGCUGGCAUACGGCGAGGCAGAAUUUUUUUUUUAAGCAUAUUCAAAAAUUUUGUGCGUAUCGGACGUAUGGCUUUAUACGAUAAGCAUACUCUAGGCACACGCUGAAUACGCUAGAGGUACGCCAGAUGUACGGUACUCAUACGCUGGCAUUUCAAAGGAUUUUUGUGCGUAUUAAAAUGAUUUCAUUAAUUUUCAUACGCUUCUCAUACGUUUCUCUCGUACGCAAUAGUGUGACAGGGCCUUUAUGGUUGGGAAGAGUUCUGCUAAACCCAGUUUGAAGUUGCACUUGAUGCGGCUUGGAAUGCGGCCGUUGUAUCAAGACGUGAAAUUAUGUGAUUUGGCGUUGUAAACAUAGCGAGGACAAUGUCUAAAUUAUUCAUGUAUUGUAAUUACUCAAUUCUUUUCAAUGAUCUAUUGUAUUGGUAGCCGUUGUCGUCCUAAAAUCGUAAGGUCUCUAUUACUGGCAAUCACGGCCAGACAUUUAAAUUACGUUUCACGAGACGAAAGUUCGUCAUUUCACAUUUCACGAUUGCAAAUAUUGGCAAUUAACAAAUACCUGAGCAUCCCAUUAUAACUUUUCUUCGGCCCCACACCAUUUUAAAUAAUUUUGUCAUUUGUAUUCUUUUUGGCAGAAAUAAAUCGUCUUCUCAUAUGCUAAUUUAUAUUUCUUCUGCUUUGGCUAUAGGGUCAACUAGGUCCUCAAGGUAUGACUGGAGAAGUUGGGCUAGCUGGUCCUCAGGUAACGUAGUAUCUUGGUAUUAUAAAUAUUAAAUACAUUUAAGUUGUUAGAUUAAACGUGGGGUGAAAUAGUUGCUCUUGUUGUAUUCAAAGCUAUUUCUUUUAACUCUAAUAUGAUACUCAUUACCCAGAUCUAAAUAUAAAAACCACUAUAUUUCGCGAUGUUAUCAUGUUACCUGGCCCAUGCUAUUAUAAUAUUAAAUGACAUCGCUCUAAGGGUGAGUGUGUGCCACUAACCAAUUUAGACGUUGCACAUCUGAAUAGUUUCAUUUCCUGCAGCAAUUGCCGUUUUCCGACGAAUAGUGCAUCCCCAUCGUAGAUAUCUUAUAUACACUGGAUAGUGCAUCUAAUUAUUCUGCAAUUCAAAAAUUGAAGCCGUGAUUGCAGUCUCAGGUCGUUCCCAUGAAAUGAGAGAAGAUUCGUAUAUUUCCUAUUUCUUAAACAGGGAACUUGAAUAUUAAGUUAAUCCUAUUCCAUUUUUAAAGUAUUCAAAUGAUGAAAGUUACUGUUGUUUUUAAGCGUUUAUUAGCGAGUGGGAACGACCAACAUGGCCGCCAUCUAUUGAAAUGGGGGUAACCGCUGGAAUAUUCUUGGCUUCAAUUUUACUAAAAGAUAUGCGCUAUCUAGUGUAUAUAAGACAUCUAUGAUCCCCAUGCACUACCCUACAUUUAGCUCUUGAUCAUUUACACCUUUUACUAUCGCCAGAGUAUUACGUAUUUGUUUAAAUUUAAUAGUUGGACCCAGUAUCUCGUGGCCAGCACUUGUAGUAGUUAAAAAGAAAAAUAAUAGUUAUACAUUUAGUUAUAUAAAAUGUAUAGUUUGUCUCAUUUGAAAGAGCUUUAGAAAUAAAUAAUUAUUAAAAGCUUUCAUAACUUGCUUAAGGUAAUUCCGCAGUAAUUGUUCCCGAAAUGAGAAUGUGCUGAAACUUCCCAGGCAUGGAGUUUAUGAUAUACUUAAAGUAAAAUCACACAAAAAAGUCGGGGUCACCGAACUCGUUAAGAAGAUAUGACAAUCACAAUAUACCACCUUUACCCCCAAUAUGGCGCCAUCUUGACGCUCAUUACGAGUAACAGCAAAAUCACAACAGCCCGAUAUUUAUUGACGUUUUUAGCGCGGAUUUUGCUUUAGUAAACCUAUCUUGUAAUUAUUUUUGACACAAUAUUGCGUUUUGAGCAAAAUGAAACUACUAACGUAUACAAUUCUGAUCCACAAAUCUCUUUUCCACAUUUCUUUACAUAUCUUUCUUUGAGAACAUGCAUCGAUAAAGGAUUUUUUUUUCAAGAUCCAGAAAUGAUUUUUCUUUUAAUUUCGGAUAUGAAAUGUAAAAUGCAUUAAGGAAAUAAAUUAUCAGUUGAAAAACGGGGGUCGCCGAUCUUUUUAGAGAAUUGUGGAAUUAAAACGUAAAAUACAAGUAAAUAAAUAUACUACAGAGACAGGGAACCCUAGCUACUCUUUUUGUAUGCCUUUUUUGAGAAAAAAAUGAUUUUAACGUAAUUCUUUGCACGAAUGUAACCAAAGAUGUUUUGAAGUAACAUAAAAUUGUCAUAAAAUGAUUUUUUUAAGUGGUAUAUGUAUAAUGGAUGAAAUUAUAAGUUAUAAUAUGUGCGCAGUAAAAGUGCGCCAUGCAAAACUGCGGAAUUACCUUAAGAUUCUUGAAAUAUUUUGAAUGAAAACCGUGAGGUGUCCACCAUCUUGGAUUGUUCAGGGUAUUAUUCAGGCAGAUAGAGGCUCAAAAUUAUGGAAAAAUUACUAUAUCGUGGGACAAUUCCAUUUUGCCUUCAUAUUGUGCCCUGAAGACUAGUAAGUACGUUUCUGUAUGUUGGCCGCGUUAAAAUUUCUUGUGGGCUCCUGCCGACACGUUUUUCUUCGAAUUUUGUAUUAAACUCUAUUGCAGUUUAAAAAUGUGAAAUUUCUGAUACAUUUCUAACACAAAUGACUUGCAUCAAUAGAAAGCUAACAAAAAACUACAUAUAAGACAUUUAAAUGGUUAGUUGGGAUUUUCAAGCGGUUUUCGAGUUAUUGCUGUUUUAAAUGUGAAAAAUAAGCCAAAAUCUCGCAAAAUUCCUGGGUACUAGUUUGAAACACACACAUUCAACAGUUCAUAACUAAAGAAGAACUUGAAAAUCCCGGGUAAUCGUUUAAAUGUCUUAUAUGUAGUUUUUUGCAAGCUUUCAAAUGAUGUAAGUAAUUUGUAUUAGAAAUGUAUCAGAAAUUUCAUAUUUUUUAACUGUAAUAGAGUUUAAUACAAAAUUCGAAGAAAAACGUGUCGGCAGGAGCCCACAAGAAAUUUUAACGCGGCCAACAUACAGAAACGUACUUAUUGGCCUUCAGGGUACAAUAUGAAGGCAAAAUGGAAUUGUCCCACGAUAUAUAGUAAGUUUUUUCCUUCUAUCUGCCCGACUAUAUGCAUGUUACGUCACAAUUUCGGCCACGCAAAUUUUUUAUCUUUACAGCCAGUGAUCAAUAUUAAUCCAAAACUCAAAUUCAAUAAAAGCAUUUUGAAAACUUUUAAUCUUUACUCCGUAGAGUUAAUUAAAUUUGUAAAAUGUGAUUGGCCGACACAAAUUUUCUGUGGAAAAAAUUUUCGAAGUUGAAAAUUUUCAAUGGACCUUUCACCUUUUGACUAAAAUUUAGAUCUCAACAAGUCUAGACAAAAAUUUUAUCUCGGCUUGAAAGAGCAUCACAAAAUUCCAAAGUUUCGUUGCGAAAUGUUGUAAAAUGCGGAUAAUAUAGCCUUGCGAAGUUUGCAAUUUUCAGUCAUAUUGUGUUACGUGCGGGAAAUACAUAACCUCUUUCCGAAGGAGGUAUGUAUUUUCCGCGCGUAAUACAAUAUGACUGAAAAUUGCAAACUUCGCAAGGCUAUAUAUAUUAUCCGCAUUUUACAACAUUUCGCAACAAAACUUUGGAAUAUUACUAAUUUUGUGAUGCUCUUUCAAGUUGUGAUUAAAUUUUUGUCUAGACUUGUCGAGAUCUAAAUUUUAGUCAAAAGGUGAAAGGUCCAUUGACAAUGAUAUUUUCGGGAAAUUUUCUGCCCAUGGAAAUUUUUCUUGAAGUUUUUCUUUCAAGAUGCCGCACAGCCAAAAUAUUCCAAAAGUUAAGCUUGAUAUGAAAAAUCUGCAACGAGAUUUAAUACACAAUUUUCAAUAUUCUUUAAAAUGAGAGAAACUACUGUAAUUUGUCCUUUAAUUAUCAACGAAUGUUUAUAUUUUUAGGGUCCAAAAGGAGCACCCGGAAAGCCCGGUAUUACUGGAGGCAAAGGAUUCAGAGUAUGUAUUCGCUACGUUGUUACUAAUGUUUAGUUGCUCACUGCGUCCCCUCGUCAUAAAAACGACCGGUAAUUCAAUAAAUAUCAGGGUGCGAUAAUUCAUUAUUUUUAGUUUUACCAGGGCCUUUCGUGCUUGAUUUGGGAAUUAACACUACAGGGUGUAUAAAAAAAAGGAGACAUUUAGAAAUCAAGCCUAUUGUUAAAAUUUGAAUGCCAUUUCAAUUGCACAUAUGCUGAACCGUGGUGCGUGAAAUAUUGAUGGAGUGCAUAUACUAGAAAAAGGAGUCCUUUAGAAAUCAACCAUUGUUAUAAUUUCAAUCCUGGAGCACUUUGCUAGGCCCACGAGUGCGUAACAUGCGAUCUACGUACAAUAUGCAUGGCAGAUUGUUCCCAGGAGCAGACAAUCUUUUGUUUAAACGUUAUCUCAAAUUCUAAAGGUCUACUUUUUCUAAUAUAUGCACCAUCAAUAUUUCACGCACAACGCUUCAGCAUAUGUGCAAUUGAAAAGGCAUUCAAAUUUUAACAAUAUGGUUGAUAAUUGUACGAGCAACAUCGUAUGAUUACUUGCUUAUUAUUAGCAUAUGACAAAAUUGAAUACUUCUCCGUCAACAUCAUAUUCUCUCGCCAAAGCCCGGUCCUGCCAGACUUUCAACCAAAAUUUGGUGCUUUUGUUCGUAUUUUCAUCUAGUUCCUCAAGGGCAAUUUCAUUUCACAUUUGUGUUCAAAAUACCUUUCCGCCAUUUUGUUUGUUUUGAGAAAAUCAUCAAUUGUACUGGAGUACAAUUAAUGAAAUAAUUGUCCUCCUCUUAACCAAUCAGCAUCCAGUAAUUUUGUCAUGCUAAUAAUAAUAAGAAUAAUACUUAUGCGAGUUUACAUCCCACUAGGUUUUUAAAAUAUGUCAACAUUGCCAUACAACUACUGCGCAUUUCCGGAUAGUGAAAUCUGGUUGGAAAAACGGUUUCAAAAUAUAAACCGGAAAAAAGGGUAAACGGCCCAAGUUUUAGUCGUAAAAUGAAGUAUAUAAAGUAUUCAAUCCGUAAUUUGAGAGUUGGAGUUAGGUCAAAAAGCACAAUUGCAUGUACAAACACUACAAUUCACACCGACAGACUUACACAUAUCACGGCUAAAUUAUUUUUUUUGAAUAACUCGGGCUUGGAAAAGUUAAGGACAAGCAAAAACUACGCAGAUAGCCAGAGUUUACCUACGUGGUACGUGACUGAAAAACAGAAUUUUAUUUAAAUUGACGCCUUUGCGUGCUACGGUAAUCCUAAUUGCGUUAUUAAGCUCAUUCAGGUGGCGGAAAAGGGUUAUCGUUAGAUUUAUGGGCCAGAAAUGCAGUUAGUCUGUACAUUGCAAUUGAGAAAGAGACUGGGUUAAUAUGCCAGGAGUUGUAAUACGACAGCAUAAAACAAUGUAUCUGUAUGUGUAUUAUUCUCGUUUCUAGGGUGACGAUGGUGAGCAGGGAGCAGCUGGAACCGCUGGUAACCCCGGAACACCAGUAUGUCUUACUGUAUUAUUAUACACCCUGCCGCCAAAAAUACCCGCCCCCAAAAAACGUUUUGUGGUAUCACUAUUUUUAAUGGAUAAAAUAACUGGGCCAAAAAAAAAUAUGUGGGUUUCCGGUUUCCGACCCUACCUAGCUUUUGGACGCCGAAAUCCCGACCCGAAACUUUUUAUUUCUAUUUAUGUUUUUAUUGUAAGUGUUUCCACUUAGAGGAAAACGUUUGUGAAAAAUGGAAAUUUGAGGCAAUAUUAGGGAAUUUUAUCUUUGAAUGCGGAAGCACUGACUAAACAAAUUGGCGUCCGGUUGUUAGGAAAAUUAAAAUAAAAAAAAGUUAAAAAAAAAAUUAAAACCGACCUACCCUACCUAAGUUUUCACAAGAAGAAAUAGGAAACCCACAUAUUUUUUUGGCCCUGUCAUGUCAUUCCAAUUCACUGGUAUUUGACCUACCAAAAUAACCAAUCGUUUGUCUUCUAGAAUCGCUUAAGGUGGCGACAAUCGGUGGCGGCAUAUUGCAGGCAAUCCAGAAGACAUGUCUUCUGAGGAAUCGUUUGUCUUCUGGAUUGUCUAUGGUAGCAGUAAGCGCCUUUCACGUCUGAGAUCGUGGACCCAAUUCUGUGUGCGCGCUUAUGAAUUCACUCGUCCUUGAACGUCGUGAAUUUCCUCCGGGGACUCGGAUGUCUUCCCGCAGGGAAUGACCGUUUCACCAUAGCUGUGCUUCGUGAGAAUCGUUGAACGCCGUUUUUCACUUAAAGCGUACUCUGCCGAAACGUAUAAAAAAAUUUCUAAUUUAAGUGAAUGUUGAUUGGUUUAUUUAAUGCUGCCGUAGUACGCCAAAAAGUUGACAUGCAACGAACUUUUCAUUUUUAUACGCGAAUAUACCCGAAAGUACUGUACGUGAAUUUAUCGCUCUAUAUUCAAUGUGCGCGUGCUUCCCGUUACGGUAGGAUACGGUUGAAGUGAAAACAGGCUUUUUUGGCUUUCAUAUGCGCCAAAUUUUCUUCACUUCGUUAAGCAACUAUUUUUACUCGACUCCAGAUCAGUGCUCUCAUUUCCCAUUGUCUGGAAUUCCUUAGAUUCUCGGUAAAAAAAUUCCUCAGAUUUAGUAAAAUUUCCUUAAACGAGGGGUAAGCAUGUUUUUUGGUAAUUCAUGGACUGAAUGAUUGAGAAUUACUAAGUUAGGUACCCAGAAUUUUUGUCUCAUUUGUGAAUUGGGAUUUUGAGCAGCAUCGUCAGAAGAGAUUUCACAUUGUUGGUCAAGGAAUAUCUUCCUUCGAAAAAUUUUUGCAGUCCUGAAUGCAUAAGACUGCAUUUCCUGCGCUUUUAAAAAGUAUUUUUUGCAUAAAUAACAGCUACAUUGACUGAUUUUUUAAACAUUAUUUCAAUAUUUUCAAAUAUUAGAUAAAAACUAAAAAUUCCUUAGAAAUUCCUUAAAAAUUCUAUUUCCUUAAAAGUCUCCUUAAAAGGUGAAAAUUUCCUCAGUUUAAGGAAAUUUCCUUAAAAAUGAGAGCCCUACUCCAGAUUCAUAACCCAUAGUAGCCGAGCUGGUGGCAGUAGCAUAAUUCACAUAUGUAAACGGUUAAAGCUCUACAAGUGACCUCUGUAGCUCAGUUUGUUAGAGCGCUGCACCGGAAUCGCAAGGUCACAGGUUCGAUUCCUACCAGAGGGCCUAUUGUGGCUCCUGGUUACAUCUAAUAAAUGUAUAGAAUUCAAACUUGCAAUUUCCAUCAUUCUACAAGACCAUUUUACACUUGUGUAAAGGCUUUUAAAUCGCAGAAAUUUGUAACUGGUUGGUUAGGUGUUAGCUCAGCUGACCGAGGGGGGUCACCUGGACUGACUACUGUUACUUGGACUCAGAUGAAGAUCCAUGACGAUGGCAUCUUGAGCUGCCACCCCCCACCUUCACACCAAUUAAAAUUGGUGGAAAUAAAUUGUUGAACUAAGCGUGCAAAAAAAAAAAUUCAAAACGCACGUUGUUGUCGUUUGGACGUCAGACUUGGAAUGAUAGAUGUCACCUACUCCCAUUGCACCAUCCCCCCGGUCAUGUGACGUGCUGACGUCAGGAUACCUGGCUCCCAAGUUGCUAACCUUGGUUAUUGCAUAACCUCAUUUAACACCUUGUCCACCAUACUUACCCGUUUGGUUGGUUAGGUGUUAGCUCAGCUGACCGAGGGGGUGACCUGGACUGACUAGUGUUACUUGGACUCAGACUAAGAUCCAUGACAAUGGCAUCUUGAGUUGCCACCCAAGGGGGAUGAGUAGCAUCGCCCCUCCAAGGAACAGAAGGCACCACCCCAUCCUGCAUGCGGGGAAACAAACGGCAGUAUAACACCAAGCAAUUAUGCAUAGAAAUUAAACCGAUCGAUUUGGUGGAAACAAAAAACAAGUAGACUCACACACAUCAUAUAACUUCUGCACUAAAGAAUAAUAUUGAACCGGAAGUAAGCUAGAUGUACAAACUAAAAGAAGCAACAACGCAUCACAAUAGAAAUGUUUCUCCGGAAUAAGUUUGAAAGUUUGAAAAGGCAUAAUUUAACUGCGUGUAAACUUAACAAGUUUCAAAACAAUGGACCUUUGUUAAAUACAGGAAAUUGAAUUUUCAUUCCACUGCCAGCUUUGCUUGCCGUUCAUCUGUUGCUGUAGUGAAAUCAAAGUUUGAUUAUGCCGCUCUUCAGUGUCGAUGAAAAAUUUUAAAACAUAAGAACAUGAAUAUAAUAUUGCACUUUAUAGGGUGAAGCUGGUAACGAUGGUGUUGCAGGUCCAGCGGGACCACGCGGUUCCAGGGUAUGUAUGUUACAUGGUCCAUGCGUACUAGCAUGCGCUGCACACGUAAAAAUGCACAGAUUGUUACAUGUCUGCAAACAAGUUUGUUACAAUUCUGUUCACAAGCUGUCGACAAGUUGUGGUCGCAUUACUUGUUCCCAGUUGUUGUGACAAGUUUGGAACAAGCUAUUAGCGAGUUUAAGAUGCACCAAAUCUACGACGCGUACGUGAAGAAAAUCCGUAACUAUUCCCACAGUUUCACUACACGGAUAAAACUAUGGCCUCCAGUUGGUAAACAAAGUCAGAGACACAACUGGAUUCCAAACAUUAGCAACGGUUUUUAUGUCACGUCCGCGUCGUAGAUUUCGUGCAUCCUAAGCUCGCUAUUAACAACUUGUAACAAACUUGAUGGCAUUAUCAGACUUGUAACAAGUCUGGUACAGUAAUGAUAUAACAAGACUGUUACAACAGAAUAACCUUGCAAGUAUCGAUGCAUAAUUCACCGAGACGUAGUCGAGAUUACUGUUAACUAUUACCUGCACAAUUAUGUAUUUUAUACAUGGUUUAUGCUCACCAACAUACUCUAUGCACAUGAUUUGAUCUUAAAUAUGUGAUUGUUACAGGGUCCGCAAGGAGAUCCAGGUCAGGCUGGUCCAAUCGGAGGCGAAGGUGAUGAGGGAGAAGCUGGUACACCUGGCCCACCCGGAGCAUCUGGAGCAAAUGGAAAUCCAGUAAGUGUCUGAUAUCGUAGGACAAGUCCUCAACCAGUCGGCAUUGCUCGAAGCAAAAAAAAAAGAAAAUUUGUCAUUGUAAUGAACUGAGGGGGGAGUAUGCCUAUGCAAUUAUUUGAAGACUCGGGCCGGUUGUACAAAAAGGUAGUUGAAGUUAACUACAGUUAGUGCGAAUCCACAAAAUAAGUGGUUGAAAAGUUUUACACAACCGGCCCUAGGAAUGUUAGUCCGUUCUUGGUUAAUUAAUGGUCUCUGAAACGUUAUUUUUCUGUUUUUUUCCAGGGUGUAGAAGGAAAACGUGGCGAAGACGGUGCAGAUGGAAUCCCUGGAGCAGAGGUAAGACACUCGGCUAUACAGCUACGAUUGUUGUUUCAAAGUCGAAACUCAAAACCCCAAAGUUGCUACACCCAAAGCCGUUAUGGUUUAGCCUAAAUUUACAAAUUUCCCUUCAUUUUUUACUUGAUUUUCCUUGAUUUUUUACAAAUUUCCCUUGAUUUUCACCCAUUUCGAAUUUUUCUGAUUCUCCAACGCAAUUCAAUAACAAACUCGUCAGGAUUCAUUGGAUUUUAAUUUUUUUUACGUUGACGAAAGUUGUUUGUAGAACAUGCACAAAUUGAUUAGCGUAAGUAGUGGACCUACAGGUAUAGGCCGAUUCGAAAAAUAGUCAUCAUUGUUUCUUCUUCCGAAAUUAAUUUCAACCAAGGUAAUCGCUGCCGCCUUAUGGAAUGGUUCAAAACCAACAGUUUUACAACUAUAAUAGAUGAUUGCAGCUUGUGACUAAUUUCUGAUCCAGACAAGAAGGACGAAAUCUUUCAUUAUUAUUUAUAGCUCAAAAGAAAAUUGCAAAGUUUGGUUGCGAAAUGUUGUAAAAUACGGAAAAUAUAGCCCUGUGGAAUUAGCAAACCUUGAGUGUUUUAGUAUUACGCGCGGAAAAAUGCGCCACUUUCGGCUCAGAAGUGGUGCAUUUUUCCGCGCGUGAUUCUAAAAUACUCAAAAUUUCACAGGGCUAUAUUUUUCGUAUUUUACAACAUUUCGCAACCGAACUUUGUAAUUGUGCUAAUUUUAGGACGCUCUUUUGAGCUAUAAUGAUAGAUUUCGUCUUUCUUGUUUAGAUAAAAAAAUUAGUCGAUAGUUCGAAUCAUCCAUUGUGAAACUCGUUAAUAUUUCAUGACGCAAACACAAAAGAAAUCAUGACCGUGAAGGAGUUUCUAUACAGGGUGUAUCAGAAAACCUUGCAAACCCUUUGAAAUACAAUGUUUUUAGAAUUUGCAUGAUUCAGAACUAAUUGAUCCCAAGCGUGCGUAAACAUAACAGUUGACCCAUUCGCAGUCGAACUGAUAAUUAGUUUUCUGCAUUACAAAUAUUAUUCUAAUUUCUAUCAACGCGGUUAAUUAGAAUGUAUUUUCAAAUCCCAGGAGCAAAAUAAGUAGCACAGACAUUUAAAUGCUAGUAAGCAGCAGAAUUAUGCAAAGUGUAUAUCUGAUACAAAAUCAUGCUGAUUUACAGAAACUUCAAGUUAUUUUAUUUUAUUUUAUUUUAAAUUCAUUAUUUUAAAUUCAUUAUUUUAAAUUGUUGAAGAAUACGAAUCUUCCAUCAGAACGUUUUACAAGCCAUUUACAACAUCCCGUCCGUGCUGUAUUUCCGAUACAACACGGCCGUCCAUGUUGCAAAUAGUACAUAUUAUACCUCUUUUGAGAAAUUCAAAUUAAAUAACAGUUUCUGUUGAAAAAGUGUAAUGCAUAAAGUAUAGAAUAAUGUAAAAUUGUGUCGAAUCCGUCAAUACUUAAUUAGCAAAACACAAUAAUUAUAUUGCUAAAAUGCAUGCACAACCAAUAUCAUAAUAAUAAACAUGUCCACUGUGCUUUUCGUGCUUAGAGGUCGACGUUUUGCUGUCGUGAGUUGUGACCUUCAGAGGGUAACAUUAAUUGAAAUAGCUGUAUUCAGCAACUGGUUUGGUUUUACUAGAUCAAUUUUAACAGGUCUUACUGUACUCUUCGUGUUAGAUUAAAUUUUCUACGGCCACUAAAAAUUAGCUGUCUAAAAAUCUGGAACACAGCGAUUGCAAUUUUUGGGACACCCUAUAUUUAUCACUUAUUUACUGAGACAGAGGGAAACAGCGUGUUUUGUGGACCCGAGACCGCCGUUGUUGCAUAUAAGUGUCAAAGUAUGAAUAAUUCACUGGUUAUUGGAGUGAACUUAAUUUGAAACCAAAACUGGAUAAACGAAACGCCGUAAAUGUUUGGUAAAAAUUUUAAAACAUGAACUUUGGAACUUCAUGGUUGACACGCAUGCGUAUUGCACCCAUUUUAUUAUUGACCGGUCAAUAAAUGUUUCACUGCGGACCGGUUACCGAACAUGACGUUUUGUGGACCAGCACGUGACACGGUGUUGACCAAUCGGCAAGCAGAAAAAUUGAACUUUGACACUAACUAUAUAACAAAAACCAUUCUCACCCAAUCUGUAUUUGAUUAAAUCAGGUACAAAUCGGAUGUCAGUGGCGUAACUUUGGCCUAGAGCCGCAAUUUAUCUCAAAUUUGAAUCUGAAAUUCCUCUCAAAAACGUUACCGACGUUUUCAGUUUAUGAAAAAAAUUCAAAAAGAAAGCCUGCCUAAAUAACUGACGAACUCUCAUGUUGUUUUACAUUGAAAUUGAGUGCUAAAUUGCAAUAUUCCCAUAAUAAAUAACAUUAAGCCUCGACUUGGCGUUAUUGUUCUUGAGAACCAGAGCGUGAUUCGGGUUACGGCGCUGUUUAAUUGGAUGCACAAGGGUGUACAUAAAUGCAUGUGUUGUGUACAAAGAUUUUUCAUGACUUUUCCAACUAGAAAGGCCACUUGUACUUACGCUAACGACACGGCUUACUUGAUAUAGGGUGACGGAGGCGACCCUGGUCCACCUGGGGCAAAAGGUGCACAUGGACCUGAGGGACCAAAGGGUGAUGUUGGUUUCCAAGGACUCCCGGGCUCAGCUGGACCUCCGGUGAGUUUUGUGUUAACGUCCAACAUAUUUCUUUUUAAAAGGUAUAAGUACGAAAGUAGGUAAGUUCGUGAGUGUUUAGAAUUUUGCGGACGCUCACCGCCAUCAAAUUUAUAUUCAGAUACAUGAGGCGUCCGUGUAGGCUCACCUUAAACACUUACAUGUCGAAAUAUCUUUGCGUUAUAAAUACCAACAACAAUUAAACAUUUUUCUAUUUUUAUAUAGGGACCUGCAGGAGAACCCGGCAGAGAUGGUGAACCUGGAAAAGCUGGCGGUCCGGUAAAAUAACUUAAUACCCAGUGAAAGAUUUUGAUUGACAUUUGUCAAGAAUAAAUGUCAGGCAUAGAUUUUUCUUCCCUUUCGCUAAAAGGGAGAGAGGAGAGGCCCCGAUGUUCCCUUUUAGUGUUUUAGUGCAAGCCAGGUAGACCUGAUAUUUAGGUUAGAGAUUUCCAUCCACAAAAACACAUAUCGAAUUGUGUUCUUUUGAGCGAU